AUGUUAAACGUGGAGAGCUUGGAUCGAGUGGAUCUCUGCGAGAGUCUGUUGACGUGGGUAAGUGUUAAAGGGAUCUCCCAUUACCCUCCUCUCCCUUCUUCCCUGCUAAAGUGCGAGGCCUUAGUAAAUAGUGCAAACACUGGUCUGGAAAUUGGAAAUGUGGCAAUAAGAUGACUCACUUACUGGCUUUAUCCAGGGGAUUGGGACAUUUUAUUUGGACCCAAGCUUGAUUAUAGUAAAUGAUUGAGAACUUAAUGCUUACUGAGGGGUUAAGUAUGUGGGGAAUUGGCUUUAUUGUGUUAUUUCGUUCAUUUGUGUUUUUUUAAUUUUUAUUUUGUAGUGCUCUAAAUGUGUGACAAGGCAUAUAUAACUAAAUGCUGCUAAUACCUAAAAUUUGGGAGAGGGGGCGCUGUCAUUGCCUAUAUUCAGGUCCCUGGUGUGUUACUAAGAGGGUUACUGGUUUCCAUGGUGAUUGUUAUACUUAUGGAAUGUUCCCCCCUCCCAAUUUUCUCUUGAUACCUGCCCCUCUAAUGGGUCAUGUGGUAAUUUUGGUAAAGGUGUAUUUUAGCGUAUUUUAUUAGCCGUUUCGUUCAGGAGUGAUUAAGUGGCACAAUAAGCAAAAAAAAACCUCCAAAUAACAAAAUGCUAAAAUACACUUUUACCCCCACAUUCUAGGUAAGACAAAUACUAUAUGAGUUCGUUAUUUUGCUUAAAUUACACCUGAGCGAAACGGCAAAUAAUAAAAUACGCCAUUACCGUAAUUUUUACAUAAACAAAAUGGAAAUGCUGUUUUGAAACCAUGUUGGUGUUUAUACAAUUAAUAGUACAUUCAAAGCAAAUUAAUCAUCAGCUUAUUGUCGUGGCUAAGAUGUCCCUGCAACCUCUUUAUUUUAUUUGCGGUUUAUCUGACAUUGCGUAAAAUAUGUAGCACUCAAACUCCACUCCUAACCCUCUAAUUUGCACAGGCAUCAUUGUCUUAUUCAGUUGUCUAAUUACUUGUUCCAUAUAGGCAUGGACUGCCUUCUAAGGCUGUGCAAACCUACCUCCACGAAUUGCAGUAUGUAUUGCAUCAUCUAUUGCUUUGUUCUGUGUGUUAACACUAUUACAUUUUAUUCUGUGCUCAGAGUAGAGUUGGUAAAGCAGACAGCACUGGGUUUUUCUUCCCGUAGAAUGGUUAAAAUCAUGGUAAUGUUGGAGCAGGCCCGGGUGGCACCUUGGCCAUCUGAGAUGAGUAAAGACUCAUCACUAUACUACACGUGAAGAAACAUCACAAUUAUCAUUACUGUAUUACUUUACAGAGAGGGUAGUGGACGCAUGGAAUAGCCUUCACGCUGAAGUGGUACAAGUUAACACAGUCAAGGAGUUUAAGCAUGCGUGGGAUAGGCAUAAGGCCAGGAACUAAUGAAAGUAUUUAGAAAAUUGGCCAGACUAGAUGGGCAGAAUGGUUCUUAUCUGCCCUCACAUUCUAUGUUUCUAUGAUGAAACAGAGUUCACAAUCUUGUGGUUUCGUAUUGAGCGUUUGUACACAUUGGAGAGAACGUGAACCUGUAGGAGAAACAGGGGAUUGUGGAGAACUGACAAGGGGUUGACAAUUUCAUACCAAAACUAUUGGAUUGUGGCGGGGAAAUCCAGUUUUUGUUUUUUACCUAUAUUUUUAAAUUCCAUUGUCAAUGCGUCACAGUUGAGUAGAUAAAAACCUAUUGUCAAUUAUUUUGAUUGUCUUUGUGUUUGUCUAGAAACUAUCUACCAGGAAGUGGGUGGUGCUAAUGAUUUUUUUCUUUCUUUCUUAGUGGUUAUUUUAAAGGACCACUAUAGUGCCAGGAAAACAUACUUGUUUUCCUGGCACUAUAGUUUUGUUUUUUUUCUCUGAAACUGCUAUGUUUAUAGAAAAAAGGGUUAAACCUAGCUGGACCUGGCACCCAGACCACUUCAUUAAGCUGAAGUGGUCUGGGUGCCUAUAGUGGUCCUUUAAAAUGACUUCUGAAACAGACUUCCCACUUGAGAUAUUUCAGUGUGUUAAUAAUGUGUGAUACCGUAAUCAUGCUAUUUUGUCUAAAUUGGUUUCUUUUUAAUUUAAAUACAAAUAGUUUCUUUCUUGCUUAGGCGAACUUCUAAAUUUGCAUUCACCACUCCCGUUAUUUACCAUUUAAAUGAGAUUCCUAAUUAUCUCCCUUUCAGCUGUUUUAGAGUAGGAUAGUCUACCCAGGAAUGGGCAUCUAUGGUAACAGGCCAUGUUUGUUAUACAUCCACACAUUGUUAGAAGAUCCUAACCAUAAACCAAAGCCUUUGGAUGCAAGAUUAAAGGAUCACUAUAGUGUCAGGAAAACAAAUCAGUUUUCCUGACACUAUUGUGCCCUGAGGGUGCCCCCACCCUCAGGAUCCCCCUCCCGUGGUGCUGAAGGGGUUAAAACCCCUUCAGUUACUCACCUUCUUCCAUCACCGGGCUCCCUUACCUCUCCUCCCCCACCAACGUCAGCUUUCUGCCUGACGUCAGCGGAGCGGAAUGCGCAUGCGCGGCAGUGCCGCACGCGCAUUCAAAGUGUCCAUAGGAAAGCAUUUUUCAAUGCUUUCCUGUGGACACUCUGCGUUUUGGAGGCAUUAAAUGCGCAGAUGACAGCCACUAGAGGCUGGCUUAACCCCAAAUGUAAACAUAGCAGUUUCUCUGAACCCUAGAGGGACCUGGCACCCAGACCACUUCAUUGAGCUAUAGUGUCCCUUUAAAAAUCAUUAGCUCCUUUAUGACCAACAGUAUUUUUAAAAAUAUAUUUCAAGCACUUUUGUUAUGUUUAUGACGUCUACUAAUGCACUCCUUCAUAUUUGUUGAACCCGCACCAAUGUUCCAUCUGUCUUACCAGCAAAACUAGGUUUAUUCCUUUUAUAAUCCAUGUUUUAUAUUAAUUUAUUUUAAAUGGAGAAAAGAAAAAGUGUUUGAAAUAUUUCUAUUCUUUGCACUUUUAAAACCAUUUUUGGGUGGGAUUUGCACAUUAGUUUACAUAUUAACCCCUUAAGGACCAAACUUCUGGAAUAAAAGGGAAUCAUGACAUGUCACACACAUCAUGUGUCCUUAAGGGGUUAAAGGGACACUGAAGGCACUGUAACUGUUUCAUCUCAUUGAAAGGGUUAUAAUAUCUUGAGUCCCCUGGCGCUAUGCUUCCAUUCAGUGUUUAAAGGAACACUCCAGGCACCAAAACAACUGAAAGGUAAACAAGUAAAAUUCCUGGAAAACAAAGUGGCCUCCCCCCCCCCCUCAAUUGUGCAGAAGGGGUUCAAAACCCAUUUUGUCACAUGAUUCCAGCGCCAGUGUCUCUCAUCGCUGUUUUAGGCUAUGCCUUUGUUUCUCCUCUGCUGGCAUAAGCCGGUGGGGGAGACCAAAUGCGCAUGCGUGGCUGUGGCCAGAUUGCAGAAGGCUUUUCCAAAAGAAAAGCAUUGUAUAAUACUUUCCUAUGGGUUUUUUGGUUAGGUUGGAUGUCCUCAUGCACAGUGAGGAAGUCCAGCAUCAGGCGACCAAAAGUUUCCUAAUGACCCGGAAGCCCAUCUAUUGGGUGGAGUUAACCCUUGCAGUUUAUUAAAAACUGCAAUAAUUACCUUUUUUUUUGUCAACUCCUCCAGGGAAACUAGGGCUCUCUUCCUGAGCUAAGCCUAGCAGUGCAUGGCUUACUUCAUUGGCUGAGAGCAUUUAGCUCACGCACUUAGCCAAUCAGCUGGCCUUUCACUGUAGGGGUUAACUCAGGGGAGCUAACAGAAGAUGCAUGGCAAAUAUAAAUUCCACUGUUAGAACAUACAUGAACUUUUUUUCAGUUUCAGAUUUGGCAUGAUUGUCUUGAAUUAAGGAACAUAUCUCAACAUCUGGGGAUAUGUGAUUUUUUUUUCCAAAUAGCAUAUCCAUCCACAGUGUUGCUAAUAAUGUGUAAACACCCCUCCAGUCCUGGAGGAGUUAACUGAAUUGUGUAAAGGAACACUUCCACCCAAAUUAUAGCUUCAGCUCUUUGAAGUUGUUAUGUAUCAGGGCCCAGUCUUUGGUUGAAACGGUUUCCCCAUGGUUUAACCCAUUGGUCCCUUGGGGCUGGGAGUGUAACUCUAACCAGUGGUGUGCUAGAAUUGCUGUGUGUCUUCUUAGGAUAUCGUUGGCUGUUCCUUGCAUGCCAUAUUGUGGGGGGAGUGAAAGUUUAAAAAACAAAACAUGAAAUGUUAGCAAUAUUAAGGCCAUUAAAUUUAUUUUAUUUAUAAAAAAAAUCUUACCAGGAAGGAUAUACUGAGAUUUGUUUUCAAGUAUGUCCUGAGUGCACAAACAUUGCCUCGUUAAUCUAGGGUUCAAAAAAAUAGUAAAAAUAAUAUUAAUACACAACACGUAUACAAAAUUUAACAUAGAACAGGUAAGAAAUAUACAAUCAGCCAUGACAGUUGCUUUCUGUUUUGAGAUAAGUAGAGAGGGUUAGUCUAAAUCUGCUUAUAGAAAGGUUGUAUUAUUUGGAAACUUGAUGUGUCUAGAACUCCAUUCUCCUAUGUGAAAAGCAGCAAAGGAAUGUCAAAAAUGUUUAGUUAAACUAUUUUCCCACACAGGAAACAAACCUGUUCAGAUCUUAUUUGUGAUAUAAAUGGUAUAAUGUCUCUCUCACUAGAAACCUGAAGAGAUACAUGGGGUUUAUACAGUAAGCAGUUUUGGGUCAAAGGUAUAAAAGCUAAAUAACCAUUUUUGUAAAUGUAGAUUAAAUUGUGUGAUGGAUUUCUUGGGUAAUGAACGGGCUAUGGAUCUUGUGAGUGCAUGUAAGUGGGUUAUAUGUCAUAGGUAUGUGUAAUUAAUGAGCUUCACAAGGCACGUCUGCACCAUGUGCGUGAGAGAUGACUUGUGUUUGAUGUGGAUGCCAUGGGUGAUGUAGGUCAUAUGAAGGUAUUUUGGUUGGCUUAUGGAUUUUCUUGUUGCACAUAAUGUAGUGCCUGAACCUAGAACUUUAGGAAGAAGCUGCUGUUGCUUGUCCAAUAUUAACAUUAAUUCAGUUAUCAUAUCAAAUAUUUGUAGAAGACAAAAGUAAAAUGAAGCUAAAAUACAAGUUGCUUCUGAAUGAAAGCACAUACUGUACCUCUUACAAAGUUAUAUGUUUAGUUUUACCGCUAGAAUAGUUUAACCCAACAUUUUUAACAUUCCUUCUCUCCUUUUCAGUGGUUUGUGAAAGGAUGUUCUUUCGACAUGCAUAUUUUAUUUUUUAUUUAAAGAUGAUCGGCCUCAUUCAGAGCAUUAGAGAAUUGCUGGUCAGGGCAAACAUUAUGUAAGUUUUAUUUAGCAUUUCCAUAUGAGCUAUAACAGGACCUAGAAGUGCUUUUUUCUAGCAAUUUCCUAUAAGACAUUUGGUUCAAAAUCCAACAGGAAGUCUAAGGAAGCACAGAUAAUGUUUUACACAUCACACACAGCUGCAAGUAUCUCCCAGGGCAGCCUGGCAUCUUACAUUUGAUUUGCUGACUCUCCUAUCUACAUUUAGUGGUAGAGCUAGUUUAAUACGUAGUAUACAGGGUUCAUCUUCCUCUAGAUGGCUGCAGUAUCUUUCUUUCAGUGUUUUUAUCUAUAUGUAUAUUGGUUAAUAUAGUGUAUUAUUUAUGGUAAUUGUUAAGACACUCCCGGCAUAAAGGAGUGAACUCGCCGUUUAGUAGAGCUUCCCCUUUGCAGAGAUACAGGCACGACUACUUUAGAGCCCAAACUCCCGAACUGGAACCAGGGGAAUGCGCCUAUCUCCCGAACAGCAUACUUUGUAACACUUCAAACUCCCGAACAGUAAUCCCACGAAUCGCUGCUAACAGACGAACCGAUAUAGCAUCCAAGCGGCUUACGUUCCCAGCAAUCAGUCUCUAGCCGCAUAUAGUAAAUCCCCCCCCCAAUCACGAGACUAAGCUCCGUAUUGAGGGUAAAACAAGAUCUGCUUUAAUGAGGGCUACCUGCCCGUAUUUAUGCAGGUCUCCCACUUGGUGGACACUCCCCUAGGGGACCAAAUGGGAGACUGUAACAAAGGACAGACAGGUAAGGACAUACAGUCACAAUACAUUCCCUUAAUGCAUCCUGGCUUCCUCCUCUCUGCCCUUGAGAUAAUUGAGAAGUAAUUCAAUUAUCUCCCAGGACAAAGACAAAUCGCCAUUAUGCACGUGGGGACAACAGGAUAGACAUUACUGUUAAAACUGUUACAAUAAAUAUAGACAUGUAACAUACCCACAGAUAGCUCAGGUCUGAGUGUACAUUAUUAGGUGAAUGGCGUUCAGACCACACGGAUACAGUGUAAUCGCCAUGGAGCCAAAAGUCUUUAAUUUCACGAACAGGCUCCAUGGCAUAGCUAUCUGGGUACUUUCACAUAAAAUACACUAUAAAACACAAAGUCCCGAAUGCUCCACCGUUCGGUUCACGAACAGAGCUGAAGACCUGUAGGCUGGUAGCUCAGCGGUGCUUGAAAGGAAAAGUGUCCGCUUUUGGUGUACUGAGGCUGGGCAGAACAACGUUGGCUGCCCGGGGAGCUCCAUAACACCGCCAUCGUGUGGCGGCUAGGUGUAACCGCGACCACCCAAUUGCCGGCACACGCUAGCUUCAAGGAGGUAGAUUGAAGGCACACUCCAGCUUCCCAGUGGUCGCGUAAUCGGUAGUCAUUCGGGAAACAAAGGGGCUGUACGGGUAAAGAAAUAAUCGAACAAACAGACGAAUGGAGGGAGGAGAAACAUAAUCCAAAGACAGACGGUUCUGUCACAGUAAUAUUUCCUGUCACACUGCACAUUAAACGUACAAGUCAGUGUUAAUUUUUAUCGACUAACAAUUUUAGUCAAAUUUUAGUCGACUAAAACUAGACUAAACCUAAAACAAUUCAGAUGACAUAAAUACGACUAAUAUAAAAAUGGCUUUUUAGUCAAAAGACUAUGACUAAAACUAAACAGAAAUUUCCUGCCAAAAUGAACACUGCACAGAGGGGUUAUGGAAGGGGCAAACAGUGCUUGGGGAAAAAGACACCUAGAGGGGCUGGGGAGACACAGAAGGGCCAGGGAAGGGGCAAAAGAGACAGAGGCUUUAUCUAAACCCAUUAGAUUGUAGUCGUGUCGAAAAAAAAUCUACUAGAGAUUUAGUCGACUAAAAUAUGACUAAAACUAAAAGGGCUUUUUAGUCAAAAGACUGACUAAAACUAAAUUGAAAUCUGCUGCCAAAAUUAACACGGAUACAAGUAAUCGCGACAAAACACGUUUGAUGUAUAGUACAAGAAGCUAUGAGGGCCCUUCUCAAACAAAAUUACAGUCUAAAGUAAUUCUUAAAAUAACUUUUAGUUUCUCUUAGCACAUAAAACAGUGGAGAAAAGUGUACAUUUUUGGGUCAUGUGCUGUUUUCUUCAGCAUCCAGUUGUGUCUACUUGAAACUGAAACCAGACGGAUUCUAGUCUGCAGUAGUCUGUUUUCCCUUGCAGUAAAAUAUCUUGGUUUUCUGUUAAAAAAAAUAAAAAUAAAAAUAGGGGAAAGACAUUGCUUGAGUGGAUUGGUUUCCUUGGAAUGUUUAUUUUAUAAAUCAAACACAUUCUUUGCAUCUAAUGCCUUUCAUGAUGUAUCAGAUGUUUUCCAGGUUAAUUAACCAAUAACUUGCUUUACUAGAGACUCUGAAGUCUGUCUGUGAUUUAUGGUGCCUUGUUUUUGUGAUUGUAUCUGUUUUGUAAUGAAUCCUCUUUCUUUAUUGUUCAAUGUUAUCUCUUUUCAUUGUGGGUGUAGUAAACUGUCUCGAUCAAGUAGGGACACUCAAAGAUACACAUUUCUAAUGCAUUCAAAAUAUAUUUUUUCAUCAGUGAAAAGGUGAUUUAACUCGCCUGUUCUCCCAUGCCAUGCCUGUCUCACUGUGGCUGGCGCCACCUCCUUGGUUGUCAUCAUCAACCUUGAUGAUCUCAACCAAUCCAAUGCUUUCUUAUAGGAAAGCAUUGGGAGGCUAUUGCGCAAGCGUAACAAAAACGCCAUGCUGCGCCAAUAAGCAUCACCUCAUAGAGGUGUGUUGAAUCAGUGCAUCUCUAUUGGAACAUUCAGCGUCUCCAUGCAGACUUUAUCUGCAUUUUUCAUUCAUUAAAGGCCUGCUGCUGAGUGCUGCCUACACAAAUUACUUUUUAUAAUGUGCAAUAUUCUUAUUUUUAUUUAUUUUUUGCACAAUGUGCCAUUGAUUUGCUGAGAGUAGUCAGCUGGCAUUCUCAGGCUAAGAAUGGCCCCUUGAUCAGAUUCCUACUUUUUGCAGCUCUUCAGACGUUGGAAGCAUGUCACUCAGAAAGGGUGAGAGCCUAUAUACUUUGCUCCAUUACUGGGAAACCAGGCAGGAUCAUAACCACUAUAGCAGGCUGUACAAAUGCUCCUAAAUAUGAUUCCAAACCACUACACAACUUUUGGAUCUGUAACUUAAAGGAUCACUAUAGUGUCAGGAAAACAAAGCGGUUUUCCUGACACUAUAGUGCCCUGAGGGUGCCCCCACCCUCAGGGUCCCCCUCCCGUGGCGCUGAAGGGGUUAAAACCCCUUCAGUUACUUACUUUAAUCCAGCGCCGGGCUCCCUCAGCGCUGGUGACCUCUCCUCCCCGUCCGACGUCAGCCCCUCCGUCCGACGUCACUGUAGCCGAAUGCGCAUGCGCGUCAAGUACCGCGCGCACAUUUAAAAUGUCCAUAGGAAAGCAUUUCUCAAUGCUUUCCUAUGGACGCUCUGUGUGAUGGAGGCAAAAUCUGCCUCCAGCAUCGCAGAUGCGCCUCUAGUGGCUGUCUGGAAGACGGCCACUAGAGGCUGGAUUAACCCCAAAUGAAAACAUAGCAGUUUCUUCAUUGAGCUGAAGUGGUCUGGGUGACUAUAGUGUCCCUUUAAAGUGUAUCACAGCUUUUAAACCCUUAGUGACACUUACUAAUAAAGAGAAAUCUGAAAUGAAAACAUGAUGCUGGAAUUUGAUCAAAAUGUUGAAAUUACCAAGCAGCUCCCAUCUUUCCAUUUGUGCAGGGGGAAAUGGUUAUUUCAGCUCUGUUGAUGUCUUAUGUCCAGAGUGCCCAAGGUUAGCUGGAAAUCUUUGAUAUUUUCGUUUUUUUAAUAAAAAGAAAAAGACCCGCGAAUUGGAAUUAUACAUAAUCAUUACAAAGUAUAGACAAUAUUUGCAAUGCUCCACGAUGAUUAACAGACUGUUUUGGUGACCUAAUCUCUUUAUAUAUAAAAAGGGAGUGAUUGUAUAAAAAAUAGAUCAAACCAUAACUAAAUAGAAUCCGUAUUCUAGCUCGUAUUAAUUGAACUAGCUACUUCAUUGGAUUAAAUGUACACUUCUUCUCUUUGCAUAAUCCAUUCCAUCAUUGCUUCUCUAUUCAUUAUAGGAUUGGGCACAAACUUGAAAUAUCUCUGAUAGUGUAGCUGAAUUCUUAACGUGCCAAUGACAUACAAGCUUGUUAAUAGAUUUGAGUGUCCUUUUUAGGAAUUGGGGUGGAGUCCGACCCCCCUUCCCCCUACCCAGUGUGUGGAGGGACAAAGUGCCUAUACUAGUAUUUCCAGUGGUAGAAACUCGUAUUGCUGCUGCUUUGAUAUAUUCUGAACUUCAGAAGUUAGCUGAUAAAGUGUUAGCUUGGCAUAGCAUAUGUCAGACUAGAGUUUAAGCACAACACAAAGUUUCCCGUCAUGUUUCAGGAAACCAAACCCUGUUCUCUCCUUUGUUUACAGCACCUAAUUAAAAUUAGCAGCUGACUUUUUCUAAAAGGAAACACAUUACGAUAUAUUAUAGCAAAUUCUUUUUCAAAAUAGUUUUUACGCUACGGUCUGGCAAAUUACAGCAGUCUGGGACUUAUAACUCCUACAUAAUGCUUCUAGCUUUCCCAAAUACAGCAGAACCGUUCCUAAUUCAUUGUUAUGUCUCUGGUUUGUUCCCUGUUGCCCUGCAUCUGGGAAUGUCUGUGAAAUUACCCUAUCUGUGCAGUGUUUGUGCAUCAUUAGACACAUCAUCACUUUUUUUGUAAUCAUGUGUAAAGGGACAUUAUAGGCAGUGAUGUAUUUUGGAUUGGUGCUGCCCUAGGCAUGGCGGAACUCGGACACCCCCUAAUUUAAAUGUACCCGCCCCUUCCUGCCAAGGCUACACCUCCUUCUGUUAACUAACACACAUUUUGACUGACAGACACACACUGACACAAACUUACAGACAAGCACACACUCUGAUACACUGACAGACACACACACUCACUAAUUUUACACAAUCUGACACAUGCAAUCAUUCAGACACACACUGACAGACAUGCACACUCACUAACAGACACGCACUCUCACUGACAUACACACAUACUGACACACUCACUCACAGGCACACUGACAGAUACGCACACACACAUUCAUUGACACACACACUCACUGACAGACACACACACAUUCACUGGCAAACAAACGCACGCACACACACACACAGUUUCCCCCCAAAACUCACAAUUACAAUUUUUUUGUUUUUUAUUUAAAUCCUCCCAGCCUCCCUAAUUUUGGGAGAGCUGGGUGGAUUAUUUACCUGGGGUCCAGUGGGGCUGCUGGGUGUGCAGGCAUGCGGGUAGGCAGGAAGGCAGGUAAGAGUCCAAAGUAGGCAGCGAGGGAGCUGUGAUUUUCCUGCUCAUUUCCUUUGCGUGCUGCUUAGUGAUGCCGGGAGCCGGACUGACGUCAUAUUACGGCUCCCGGCAUUACUACAGGUCGCACUAGGGAGCUGAUCAAGAAAUCACAGAUCAGUGUUCCCUCACUGCCUGCCCAGAACACAAAUGGCUGCCUGCCCCGGGGGAGGGGGCGGGCAAAGGUGGCCAGCCGGCCAGCUCUUGGGCCCUCAUACAACAAUGCUAACAAGGCAUUAGCUUGGGCAUUUGGGAGCUGCGUUUUUUGCCGCCCCCUGGAAAGUGCCGCCCAAGGCAAAUGCCUUGUUAGCCUCGCGGUACAUACAGACCACUUCAGCUAAUCUGGGUACAGUGUCCCUAUUGAACUUAGUGCUGCAAUAAAACAUUGCAGUUCCAGAGAAACUGCAAUGUUUACAUUGCAGCACUAAGUCUGCCUCGAGUGGCUGUCUGGGAGGCUCUUUCUGGCUGCUAACAGACUUUUGGUCCGUUAACUGAUGCUGGAUGUCCUCACGCUCUGCAUGGACACCCAGUAUCCGCUAUUUCUCCAUAGCAAAUCAUUGAUUCAGUGCUUUCCUAUGGGGAAGUCUAAUGUGUGUGCGGCACUUGCCACGCAUGCACAUUAGUGCCCACUCGUCGCUGGAUGUCGGAGGAACUGGAGCCUUGACCCAGCACUGGGACCAGGAAGGUAGCUAUAGUGAGGCAGAGGUAGCUAUAGUGCUAGGAAUACAGCUUUGUAUUCCUAGCACUAUAGUAUCCCUUUUAAUGUACGGUUUUUCAUGUUGUAUAACAUUAUGGCAUUUUUUAGUUUUGUCAAUAUUGCAUUUCAGAUUUUGUUUCUGAUCUAAAUAAUCAGCCAAUUGUUUUCUGUUUAUGGAAAAAUAAAAGUGAUAAAAGGGGAAAAAACUUUCAGUAGAUUAAUAAACCCUAUAUUUUAAUGAGACGGUAUAUGCAACACUGCAACCCAUGUUCUUUGCAUAGAUUUGCAUGGACGAGGCAUUGCCUCCCCAAUAAUCUAAUCCCUCAAAGACCAUUGGGGACCAAAUGAGCGUGCGUCCAGUAAGACGCUAGGAAAAGACACUAAGAAAGUACUGCCAAGUUCUGAACUACUUCUAGCAUAAGCACUUAUCUUUUAAAAUAUUUAUUUUGCAUCUGUGUUUUAAUUCUUUAUCAAGAGUCAAAAUAUAACAUGAUAGAAACUGGAUUAGGGUUGAUACAAAAUCACAUACGUUUCGUUAGAAGAACUGAAAUCUAAUACAAUACAGAAACAUAGUUACAUGUUAACAGUCAUAGAUAUAAAGAAAAUUAGAACAAGGUCAGCCUUAGCACCAUAAACACUGUAUUAUUGCAAAAUGCUUUUUGCUUAGAGCACAUUGAGCCUGCUCUAAUGCCUGAGAUUAGACUCCCAACCAUCGCUGUCAAUUCAACAUCUUUGAGAAUUUAAUUUCCAGUUUGCCAGUGUCCGAUUUGUCCCUUGCACAACGUAUACAACAUAUGCACAAUCGGGAAGGCUCUCUCUCCUCCUCAGAGGGAGAGCUGGACCAUGGAAUGCACGCUCUAAAACACUUCUCUUUUUCUCUAAAUAGUGAACUGAGCUGUGGAUAAAUGCGUAAUGGCUGCUAUUAGUUUGAGUAGUUCCAAUCAUCCAGUGCAAUGACUGGAACUGCUCUUUGAUGAAUAAAUGACUUAUCCCACAAUCCCCUCUGAACUUCUUUUUUUUUUUUCUUUUUAACUUUCUUGACAAUAUGUGUCUGUCUAUCUAUCUGUGUGUUUCAAGUAUACAAUCUCUUGUAAAAAAAAAAAAAAAAGAAAUUUAAAAAAAGGGGGGGGGGGGAUAUUUUGCAGAAUUAAGUGCCCAUCUCCUGUUUCAGCUGAUUUGAUGCUGUUGGUAUAUUGGGAGCAUGCUUGGUCUAAGGAAAUGUAAUAUAAGCUUGCAAUGUGACAUUUGGAUGGCCAUAAGGUUGCUUUCCUGACCUGCCUGGUUUUAUUUCUUCAACUGUGUUAUUAGAAGGCAGUGGAGGAUAGAUCUUGUUAGCCUCGCGGUACAUACAGUCCUGACUAUAGGCACCCAGACCACUUCAGCUCAUCUGGGUACAGUGUCCAUAUUGAACUUAGUGCCACAAUAAAACAUUGCAGUUCCAGAGAAACUGCAAUGUUUACAUUGCAGCACUAAGUCUGCCUCCAGUGGCUGUCUGGGAGGCUCUUUCUGGCUGCCAACAGACUUUUGGUACGGUAACUGAUGCUGGAUGAGUUCCCCUCACUUUAGAACAUAAGGGCCCUGAAAGGAUUUCCAUUUUAUUUAAUCUUUCAAUAAGCCACAUUUACCGUUUAAUUGAUUUAGGACUUUUGAGGGGGGAAAAAUUGUAUCAAAGUUUGCAACAAUCUCUAAAGACCAUAAUCACUAUAGCCUUCCUAAGCCCCAGGAUAUCCACAGCCUUUUUUUUGCAGAAAUAAAAUAACAUUGGACACUUGGGGUACCCAAGUAAUUGUCAAACCGUUUUGACAAUCGUUUGACUCUUACCUGGGACAUCAGUGGACUCGUGACACCAUAAUGAUUACAGUGCUCUAUAGUGGUUAUGGUGCUUAGACUGAUGCUGAAUGCAGAAUUAGAAGGCAAUAGAAAAGUAUGUAUCAGGAGGAAAAAAGUGGUGUGUUUUGUGGUUUUUAGUAUUUUUUUAUUUUAUUGUAAGUUGCCUUUUUCACCUUGCUUCUUUGCUUUGAUAUGUUGUAUAGGAUUUUAGGACAAAAUAGUCCAUUUAUAAACUUUUUCCAAUGCCGCCAUUUUUCAUGCUUGGCUAUGCUGGUGUAAAACACAUAGUUCUGGCAGUGCUCUGCAUUCUGAUUUGUAGUAUAAGUAUGGAUUAUAAUGAGUUGAAAAACUGAACUGCAAAAGAAGGGAAUUUGAAAAAUUCUUCAAUUUUCUCAACAGCUUGGCUAUUUAAAACUAAAUUUCAAAAUUUGUUUUUCAGAUAUUGUUUAAUAAUAAAUAAACACUUCACAAAAAAUUGUGAUUAACAUUAUUGUGUACCUUUGGGCAAUAAUAAACAAAAACAGAUAUUUAAUUCUUCCAGGAACUUUCUUCUUAACAAUGAUACAGUAAUAUAACACUAAUUAUUAAAAAAAUAUAUAGCUUCCACCGGUGCUGUUUAAAUGCAGUUAUCAGAAGACAGAGCAUUCCUUAAAAGUUAAAGGAACACUAUAGUAUUAGGCAUAGCCCCCCUCCCCCUCCCAGGGCAGUCAAGCUUUUUAAAAACUGCACACUGCCUCCACCUCCUCAGACGCUAUCUUGAGGGGGAACCUAAUGUGCAUGGGCAGCGAGCACCACAUAUGCAUUAGGCCUUUUCCAUAAGAAAUAAAUGAAUCAACUAUUUCCUAUGGGGUUUUGCAAGAUGCUGGACAUCAUGCAAAGCGUGCGGAUGUUCAGUGGAGCCAACCUUCUCAAAAAAUGCAAUGUUUUCAGCUGCAGGGUUAAGGGGCCAGGGACACUGCACCCAGACCAAUUUAAUGAGCUGCAGUGGUGUAGUUGCCUAUAGUGUACCUUUAAAACUCAGUUGCUGAAAUUUGUAGAAAAAUUCAUCUGGACUCCCUUAAAUUUAUGAAGUAACUGCUUUUAAAAUAAUUUACGGUAUACAUUUACUUGGGACAUGUACAGUUUUAUAACAGUUUGACUUCUUACCUGGGGUACCUUGGGCACCACACCUCUCCCCACCUCUUCUGUUCUGUCAGUUGGAAAUUCUCUGCCUGAGCUAAGCCCAGCAAUGCAAGGCUUAGUUCACCGGCUGGGAGUGACCAGCUGACGUUAUCAGCUAAUGAGCUGAUCUACACACCAAAGUUUAGCUCAGUAGAGCUAAUGGAAACUCCCAGCAGAAGGUAAAGGCUCUCAGACCGGAUGGGAAGUAGAGAGCAGAGCCCUGCAGAAUCCAGGUUAGAAGUCAGACUGUUCUAAAACGUUUUGACUAGUUACAUUGGGGAGACACCAUAUGGUUCUAGUGCUUGGAGAUUUCCUUUCUGUUUUAUUUUGAAGGGGUUGUAGAAUAGAUUUUGUGCAAAUCUUUUAUUUAUUUUUUCUGCUACAGAUUUCUGCAGCAAAUAAUUCUGCAUUGCAUUUCACAAUCAUCCGGCCGAGAACGUGUUAAUAGGCGUUUCAAGGGUUUGUUAUGAGAAAUCUGUAACGUGGAUGACCUCUGUGGCAUUUUCGGAAUAGCUUUCAGUUGUCUGGCACUUGCCCAGCUGAUGACUAUCACAGAUGUCAUCUGCUCAGUAGAUGGUGAUAUCCAGAGGAAGCUAAGAGCAGCAUUAAGUUGUGUAAUUAGCAGCUACUUUGUAAUGGCUUCAUAUGCUGCUCACGAGAAUGCUGAGGUCAUGCAUAUUUGGUGUGUCCUAACAAAGCAUCUCAUCUGGAGGACUUUCAAAGACUCCUUUCCAUGUACUUGUGGAAAUAAAAAAAUGCAAAUUGUUUACAUGGAUAAUCAAGAAAGAAUGUUAUUACACGCCUCUAGUUUGUAAAAUGUAAGUUUCUGGAAACUAUAUCAAAUUCAAGAAUGGCUACACCAUAAGUUCUUCAAGCACUGUUACAACCAAUGCUCAUUGCUUGUGUUAUUUGCGAUGUAGGUUCUAUUAUCCCCAUGUUAUAUGGUGUUUGUAGGUACCUUGUCUUACGUAGAAAGUUGGCUAUAUUUUUUUUUAUCACACUAGAUUUGUUUUGUUUUUAAUUGACAUGCUGUGCCAAUAAAAAGCAUGUGAAUUAUUUUAACCAUCCACUGUUUUAAAUAACACACAGAGCGCAUGCACUUGUAUGGCAUUUGUCCAUAGAUGGUGAAAUGCACAUGAGCGCACUGAGGCAUCCUGGGAUGAUUUUGUUUCCCACAACACGCAACUGCAAUUUUAAGUUAUUGCAACUAUAAGCCUGCCCUUUAUCCCUCUGAUUAUUGCAAGAAGGAAGUGCAGAUUUCUCCACAAACAUCAAAGUCUCCCCCUGUGUUGCCCUGCUUUCUUUGAAAACAUUAUCAUUGACAACUGAUGUGCACAGGUCUACUUAAAAAAACUGUGAAUUGGGUUAUCAGUAGUCUCAUGAUGGCUGCAUUGUGUUUACUAUCCACAAACUCACCAUAUCCACUCAUCUUAUUAAAUGAUUUGUGCUACCUCAUGCCAUAUCUCCCAACAUCUGGGUGGGGAUGGUCCCUGGCAAAUUGUGUCAUUGGCUAUAUUGGGGGCAGGUACAUCCGCUGAAAGAGAUUGACAGCCUGACUUCAAACACACCAGCCUGACUGACGGUCUCUCUAGCUUGCCCCCAGCAUUUAAGACCAUGCAGGUAGCGCUUCUGAAGCACUCUCUGCAUGGUCCUAGUGCCCGCUGCAGAGUGCGAGCACAUCUAAUGAUGCACUUGAGCUGUGUUGGUUGAGCACAGUACAUGUGGGAAACACAAUCGGUAUGAUGGAAGGCCAAUCUUACAUUCAAUCAUGCUGUAUAAUUCAUAGACAUGAAGUCAAGAUUUUAGCUGAGAUUACAGUCCUAUUCUUGUGUGAAAAAGACUGCAGAGGAUGCUGAUGGGAUCUGCACUGCCAAGUGUAACAAAGCUGAUUCCUUACCCAUAAUCUACUCAAAUCUGUUCCAUAAGUAAAACACAUUGGAUCUAUUAAAGAAUACCUUUAUUAAAGUGCCUUUUUGUGGGGUACUUAAUUUUGGAGAAUCUCAUGGUUACUCUUGUACUGGAUAGCAGGUAAUUUUAUUAAGAUAUAGUUUCUGCUAGCACAACAAUAUAUUAAUUUAUUUGCACAGUAAAUCAGGGACUGCUUGAUAGUACCUUGGAAAAAACUGCAAGAUGUCCUCUAAUAUUGGCUUGAGAUGGCUGAGCUCAAUCAUAAGUAAGGUUAAAGGAACACUUUUGGGUUAGGAACACAGACAUAUUUUCCUGACCCUAUUAUGUUAAAAUCUAUCUAGCACCCUGGCCGCCCUUGCCCUAAAUAUAAUAAAAUCUUACCUUAUUUCCAGGUGCUGGCUCUGCCCGAACCACCUUCUUGGCAGACAUCAUCAGAUAUGAUGAUCUCAGCCAAUCACAAUGCUUUCCCGUAGGACAGAGCUGGAUUGGUUGAUAUUGUCAUUGAGGCGGACGGAGCCAAGUGCCGCCCAUACCAAUCCUCAUCUCCUCAUAGAGAUGCACUGAAUCAAUGCAUCUCUAUGAUGAAAGUUUAGUGGCUCCAUGCAGAGUGUGGAGACUUGCCUCCCUCUUUAUACUUGUCUCUUCACUACUGUGCACUACAGUAAUCUUUUCAUUAGCGUUUAUUUGAAAGUAAUAAAAGGAAUGUCUUGAUCAGAAAAUUGACAGUUCCUCUUUAAAUAAGAAACGCUAAAUCGGUAUAAAAUGUAAAAGUAAAUGAGAAAUAAGUUCAUGUGUGAUGCAUUUGUUUUUUUUGUGUCAGGAUAACCCACCACGUCCCAGACCUAUUGUAUUAAAAGACGAGCUUGUUUUCUAUUUGUUGAGACAAAAAAAUCAUGAAAUGUGUUAUCUACUGAUUAGGAAGAGACCGUGUAACUAAUAAAAUAGGUCCAUGUUGUGUUUUGUAUCCCAGUUAUGAAAAAGAAAACUACACAAGCCAGGGUUAUUUACCAAAGUGAGAGUUAUGGGGAAUUCAUUGUAAAUGUGAAAUUUAAAGGACCACUCUAGGCACCCAGACCAGUUCAGCUUAAUUAAGUGGUCUGGGUGCCAGGUCCAGCUAGGGUUAACCCAUUUUUUUAUAAACAUAGCAGUUUCAGAGAAACUGCUAUGUUUAUUAAUGGGUUAAGCCUUCCCCUAUUUCCUCUAGUGGCUGUCUCAUUGACAGCCGCUAGAGGCGCUUGCGUGCUUCUCACUGUGAAAAUCACAGUGAGAGCACGCCAGCGUCCAUAGGAAAGCUGAAUGGCUGAAUGCGCGCGCAGCUCUUGCCACGCGUGCGCAUUCAGCCGACGGGGAGGAGAGAAGGAGGAUCAGAGGAGGAGAGCUCCCCGCCCAGCCCUGGAAAAGGGUAAGUUUUCCCCCUUCCAGAGCCGGGCGGGAGGGGGUCCCUGAGGGUGGGGGCACCCUCAGGGCACUAUAGUGCCAGGAAAACGAGUAUGUUUUCCUGGCACUAUAGUGGUCCUUUAAGGACAAAGUAUCCAAACUGGAAAAAUUCUCCCAUGUCAGUUGUGUUUGCAGUUCAGCUGUUUUGUCCUUAAAGGAAUACUAUAGUAUCAGGCAUACAAACAUGUUUUCCUGAAAGUGCUGGAAUGUCUCAUUAGGCCCUAGCUACCCUCUCUCUGGACACUUAAAGUUGCCACGUUAAUGUAGUGGUUCUGGUGUUUAUAGCAUUUCCCUGCAGCCUUAGCACUGUUGACACUGCCUUUUCAGAGAAACUGCAGUGUUUACAUUGCUGCCUAGUAACACUUCUUGUGGCAGUCACUCAAACGACCACUAGAGGUGCUUCUUUUGUUCAGUGUCUCAACGCUAUGUAUGGAGGUGUUGAACCUUCAUUAUACAGAUUAACUUAUUCAAUGCAUUUCUAUGGGGAGACACUGAUUGGUGGUGCGUGGCGAUUUGCUGCGUGUGUGCACAUAGUCUCCAAAUGCUUCCCAUGGGAAAGGAUUGAAUUGGCUGAGAGUCUCAAAAUUUAGAUUCUCAGCCAUGAAGGCAGACUCAGACGUGAGAACAGCACAGUGUGGAAAAAAAAAGGUGAGUAAAAUUACCUUUAAAAGGAGAUUUUUAACAUGAACUUGUUUCUAAAAAGGAGCAACAUUAUAUUUCGAAAUGUAAAGUUAUAGUACAUCAGUUUUCACGUGAAUCAUGGUACGAACAGCUGACAAUACAUAAGUAAAGCAUACAGAAUUCCAGUCAAUACACUGAUAAUAUUAUUUUACAGUGUCUGUAAACAGCAUUUACAUUGUAUCUAUAUAUUUUAUAUGUACAAUAAUUUUGUUAUAUUUUUAAUGCACUAGUUAGAAAAUGUUUUGUUUAUUUUGUUUUUAUUCAAAUUUUCCAUAAAUGAUGAUAGUGCUUAAAAGACAAUAGCAUUGAGUGAAACAUAAAGAUAUCAAGUUUACAGAGUUUCUCAUUGGUACAAUUAUAUAUUGUUUUCUGGAUGACAGAUAACAUGGAUAGGUACAAUUACUUGUUAGAAAAUUUGUAUUAAGAGUUUUAUUAAUUUUUCUAUUUUUAUAUUUCUUCUUCAAAUAUUUAAGUGUAAUUUUAAAUGACCACUAUAGUGCCAGGAAAACAAACUCGUUUUCCUGGCACUAUAUAGUCCUUAGGUUCCCCCCACCCUCAGGGUUAAAACCCCUUCAACCACUUACCUUAAUCCAGCGGCAGGCUCCCUCGGCACUAGUGACCUCUCCUCCCCCUCCAACGUCUGCUUCCGAGUGGAGCCGAAUGCGCAUGCGCAUUCAAACCUUCCAUAGGAAAGCUUUACUUAAUGCUUUCCUAUGGACGUUCUGGGUGCUUAAUGCGAUUUUUGCAUUGAGUGUCGUGGAAGUACCUCUAGCGGCUGUCAGGAAGAGGUUUCUCUGAAACUGCUAUGUUUACAGCUGCAGGGUUAAAACCUUGGGGACCUAGCACCCAGACCACUUCAUUGAGCUGAAGUGGUCUGGGUGAAUAUUAUGGUCCUUUAAGUACCUAUCUAUUUAGACACUAUUUCUUUGCAAGCCUGAUUUUAGGUCAAUAUAAUGCACUGGUCGCUAUGGGGUUCACACUCAGCUGCAGCCUGUACCCUAAGAGCUAUUCAAAUUUCUAUCUUCCACACAUUUUAGGCACAACAAGGAUUAAAGGAACACUAUAGCGUUAGGUAUAAAAACUUGUAUUCCUAAAGCUGUAUUGCCACCGUCCCUAGUUAUAUACAGAUCCACACUCCGUGUGUAAUAAAAAAUUUAAAAAAGUAAAAGUUUUAGUUCACUUUCCAAUGCCAAGGUGCUGCUUACUUCUCCGCCCCCAGUGACGUCAUUGAGGAGGUAUGGCUUCCUCUGUGACAAUCCAAUACACUGCUUCUUAUAGAAGGGCAUUAGGGACCUGAUUUGCAUGGAAUUCUAUUUAUUGCUUUUUGUAGGGGGGGUUUCUCAAUUGCCUUGCUUUUGCUGAGAAUGGUUUCCCCAUUUUUGGACAUAGUUGCAUCGCCAUAUGGUUAGUGAAGUACAUUUUUGACUUUGGUUUAAAAAAAAAUAAUAAUAAUACUAAUAUUAAAGUGACUUCUAGGUUUAUUUUGUUGUUCAGGUACUUGUGGAUGACCUUUGUAUGAAAUCUCAAUAUAAUCUAAAAAUGCUUUGGCAAAUUCUUGUUCUGGUGUUCCAGUGGGAAAUUAUGAUCUCCUGCAAAUGCUCAAACCACUGUCUGCCUUUGAUCCUCAAGAUCUUGUGUAACCCUUUCAGUGCCAUAACAAAGAGAAAUGUAAUUUUAUGUAUAACUUUUUUUUUUUUUUUUUUAAAGCACAAAAAGGAGAUCCCUCCAGCAACGUUAGAAUACCUAGUGAUUGACUCUUUUGUACUUAACAGUUUGUUGUUUAUCUUUUGUUUUGUUCAGUUUUUUCUGGUGUGGCCAUUGAGCUAUGUUUUUCCGUCAAAGUCAGCAAGAACUUGGUGGUACAUUCAGCUGUUAUCACAUGCAGUGUGGGCAUACUUCCGUAGAACUUGUAACGUAAUUCACAGCUUGACCCCAAAGAUUAGCAAAGCUUAGCUCGGAUUUUUCUUUCUUAUCCCCAAACUCCUAUCGCCUUACCAGGAGCUUCUUUGUAGGAAAUGUGACUGUGGCUUGAUUUUUAAUGCACUAGUAGAAAAUGAAGUUUAAAGUUAGUUUUAUUAUUCGUAUUUUAAUUUCAAAUAUGUAUUUUUAAAUUAGUUUUGAUCAAAUUGUGCUCUACAAUUCUGCAACCUAUUAUAAAUACUAGCAAUACCAUUUCACUUGCUGCUAUGUAAUGAAAAUAUAGAGGCUUCUUAUUUUUUUAUAUUUAAAUACCAUUUAUUAUUAUUAUUAUUAUUAUUAUUAUUAUUAUUGUUUUAUUAUUUAUAUAGCGCCAUCAGAUUCCGUAGCGCUGUACAAUGGGUGGACUAACAGACAUGUAAUUGUAAACAGACAACUGGACGUACAGGAACAGAGAGGUGGAGGGCCCUGCUCAAUGAUGUUAUGUCUGUAUAUAUCUUGUUACUAAACAAAGCAGGACAUGACAAAACAAAAAGAUAUUGAAUGAAUAAACAUAUUGUAACAAAAGUAAGUGUAUACAGGAAAAUUUCAAUAUAAUAAACAACAGAUGAAUAAGGAAUACAUAUUUAAAUAAUUUAAAUAUCCAGUGACCGUUUAGGUGAAUAUCUGCAUAAUGUUAUAGCAUUAAAGUAGAGUAGGAAUCCAAAGACUGUGACAAAGUAGUUUAAAGGAACACUCCAAGUACCAUAACUACUGCAACAUUUUGUUAUGGUUAUGUUGACCUGAGUGCCACUUCCUGCCUCCUCACAGCAGACAGAAGAGCUGUAAGUUACUGCUAAGUUUCACAGGGCAGUAAUUGAUAUCAGCCAAUCAGCAAUGCUCUGCACUGCCAGGCUUAACUCAGACAGAAAGCUUUCAGCUCUACUGAAGGAUGUAGUGGAGGCAGGGAGCUGUGGCUGGCAGACCACAAAUAAGAAGUCAAACCAUUCUAAAAUUGUUUGAAUACUACCCUGAGGGGAUGCCAGGACACUCCUGACACCAUAACUACCAUAACUACCAUAACUACUACAGCUCGCUGUAAUGCCACCAAGAAAUUCUACAAAUCUUCUUCACAAGCUUAGAGUCUAUUUCUAUAAUGUAACUUUUCUGAUUUUAUUUUGUUUUAUUCUCUUUAGAUACAGACAUUUCACGUAGAGGCACCAUGUAAAACUGUGGAAGACUUAACGAGUGGAGUAGCGAUGGCUAUGGUCCUUCAAAAAAUGUAAGUGACCAAUAUUCAUGAAUUGAGGUUGCAUAACAUUUUAAAACUUGUACAUCACAAAAUGUGCUGCCUCGAUCUACAUAUAUUAGUUUAUAUAAACUCCUGAACCCAACCAGAAUUUGCAAAAUUCAUGCCUCCCAGUCAAGCCACUUGCAUUUUAGCGGUGGUCUGUAUGUGUAUUGAGUGACACUGCCCUUAACUCAACCAUGCACUCUGUGUUAUAUUUGGGACCAUCUUUGAUACUAUUAAUACACAGUGUUAGAAGGUGCCGGAAUCCCAGCAUAGAAUAAUAUUGCUUUCCACAAGUUCACUCACUUUGUAAUGUUGCUGAGACCUUUGCAAAUGUAGCAAAUUUAAUUUUGGGACUAUGAAUAUAUCUUCCAUAUUUAUCCAGUAUGGUUUUACAUCACAUCACAUUGGCUUGUACCAGAGCUUACAUUUUUUUUUUUUUUAAUUGAAAUCAUAAAAAAAAAACAUCUUCACUGUCCCUUAAAAUGUAUCUACUCUGUUUAUCUGUAAAACAGGAGUCACAUGUUUUUUUUUGGGGGGGGUGGAGUCUUUGCUUUAGGUGGAUGUGUGUUUCAUGAGCUCUGAGCCAAAUUGUCCUACUACAGCCUUUAUCUUACUCUACGGAGCCAUUACUUGAAAUAUUAUUGACAAUCAGCUUUGCCUAUUAUAUCAUGGCUCGUAAGACAAAGAAAUCAUGAAUGUAGAAGUCCAGGCUGGGGUGUGAUAUCAGACAUAUAUUCCACCAAGCACAUGGCACCCUCAGGCCUACAACAGCCUUCAAAAUGGGGGAUUGCUUGGAAUGCUAUAAGAAGUUGCCGGGAGGAGCAGAGGAUGAGCAGCAUCUUUCCCAAUGAAAAUGACUAGUCUCCCACAGACUGUGGAUGUCUCAUCAGUAACAAAGACUGUAUUAAAAAAAACUUGCUGCCGAUUUGCAGAAAACAAUAUUAGCAAAUGUGGCUGCACUCCGGGCAGACCUCAUGGAAUUAGUGGGGAAGCUGACUGCAGUGGAGGACGUUACAAGGUGGACUCCAAGACUCACGUGUCUUGAGCAAUCAUCAGGUCAUGCAGCAUACUCUAAAUAUGCAUGAAUGCCGCUUUUUCACUUGUGAAGGUGCACGCGACCGGAAAAGCCUUAAGAUCUGGGGCAUCACGGAGGAUGUUGUGGCCACAUAAUUACAAUAUUUCCUGAGAUGCCUCUUCAAGGCAUUACUAUCGCCUCGACAAGCAGAAAACAUCUGGAAGUCUUCUUUCGGCUCCUUGUACCAGCCAAAGCAUCCUUCACAGAGAUCUUGUGGUCCAAUUUGAGAACAAUUGUUGCCUCUGUCAAGAAGAUAUUGCCUCUUCCAUUUGAAUCAAUGCAACAUACCUUCUUUGCUGGCCUUUUUAAUGAUAUGCUACCUGGAGAAGAUCUCUUCAACCCUUUACCGACCACUUGAGAACGUACAUCAUUCUUAUAGAUAAAUUUUAUAUACGUAUUUCUUAGAAAACCCUCCAUUCACUUUAUUUCACCAUUUACUUUUUUCCUCUACACCUGCAUAGUUUUGUUAUAAUGUUGAUAAACCAUAUUCCUUUUGUAUAAAUAUAUGGGGAAGUUUACAUUAGUGAACUAUGCAAAAAUAAAAAAUAUAUAAAAAAAUAAAAUAAAAACAGCAGCCACACAAUACAGUAUAUUGUAUAUUCUUAAAAUUGUUGGUCUAUGCCCAGACUACACAGAAUGUUUGAAAUUUAUUUAACUGCUGUAAUUUUAUGAUUUUUUUUUUUUUUUUAUAUCUCAGCGAUCCUGCAUACUUUGAUGAAAACUGGUUAAAUAGAAUUAAAACAGAUGUUGGAGACAAUUGGAGACUUAAGGUAAGUGUUGUUUCUUCGGAGGGAACUAAAUUCACAUCAGUUGCUUUAGAGCAAUAGUUGUUUGAUAUGUAACUAUUUAGUUACCUUGAGAACCUGGAUAGCGGUCUACAGUCUGACCACCAACUAUGUUCUAUAUGUAAGUGAUCAGGAUUUUAUUUAUUCUUAAUUGGCAUGUAUUCAAAAAGAUGGCAAUUUAUAUUUCAAUUAUGCCCCCCAAAAUGUUUUUAUCCUUUUAUUUUUUAUUUUUUCCCUAAGCAAAACCAAGAGCACAAUUAAUUGUACUGUAGUUGAAACAUCCAUCAUCAUGCUUCUCUCUUCGCUUUAUAUAGAAUGAUCCUGGAACAUGGCUAUGUCAGAGUACCUGAACAAAUACAAAUAUUUGCUUGGUGUAUUGUGCAGUAUGCCACAAAUGUAGUCGCAGACACUUUGUAUGCCAUUAAUCUAUUGUUGAAGAUUCACGCAGAAUCUUUUUCAUGGCUGCCUUUGAGCCAGAACUUUAACACAAGGUUUAUAGCUAAACCUAGAGAGUUUUCCCAAAAGAUAGAUCAAGGACAAUAGGGAACAUAUUUUUCCAUCUGAUGAAUGUUUCCAUUUUUUAUCUUUCUUUCAGGGAAUUUGUUUGCUGGCUAAAUGUUAACAUUCUGUGACGUGCAUCUUAGAAACAAUUUAUCAGAGCCUAGAUCUCUUCCAUUCUUCAUAAGAUGAGAAACGUUUUUAAGGCUUUACUCUGUUACUAAGUAAAAAUUUAGCAAAAUACUACCAUACACUACAUGAACUGCCCAAAAAAAAAAAAAGCAUUUAACAUAAUCUUAUUAAAUGGUACAUAAUCAUUUUUUUUUUUCUUUUUUUUUUGUAGAUCAGUAACCUGAAGAAGAUUUUAAAAGGCAUCUUGGAUUACAAUCAUGAGGUAAUUUAUUUGAAAGAUCAUCAAAGGUUUUUAUUUCAAAAUGUAAAUUGAAAAAUACUCCCCAUAGAAUUUUUUUAUUUUUUUUAUUAUUUAUUUUAUUUAUCUCUGUCUUUAAAGGGACACUACAUCCAGACAGUCACUAAAGGCACUUCCCUGUUAAAGGAACACUAUAGUCACCUAAAUUACUUUAGCUAAAUAAAGCAGUUUUAGUGUAUAGAUCAUUCCCCUGCAAUUUCACUGCUCAAUUCACUGUAAUUUAGGAGUUAAAUCCCUUUGUUUCUGUUUAUGCAGCCCUAGCCACACCUCCCCUGGCUAUGACUGACAGAGCCUGCAUGGAAAACAAAACUGGUUUCACUUUCAAACAGAUGUAACUUACCUUAAAUAAUUGUAUCUCAAUCUCUAAAUUGAACUUUAAUCACAUACAGGAGGCUCUUGCAGGGUCUAGCAAGCUAUUAACAUAGCAGGGGAUAAGAAAAUCGUAAUUAAACAGAACUUGCAAUAAAGAAAGCCUAAAUAGGGCUUUUUUUUUUACCUCUGAACUAAGCAAACCAGGAAGUAACAUGACUUGUCUGAUUUACAGCUUGGGGUGCUGUUGAUUUUAUUUAUUUUAUUAAAUAAAGUGAACUAGUUCCCCUUUUGCACAGCUCAAUAGCGAGUCAAAAGUUAUAUAAUGCUUUAAUCCAGAAAAACACAAAAGAAAAUUACUAAAAGAGGUCUAAGAAUACUUAGGCCAAUAGUCGAAUGAUGGUCUAUAUGGGUAAGAAAAGGGGCCUAACCCCAUAUAAUUCAAAAAAACAAAGAGAGGAAUAACUACAUAAAUGUGCGAUGUGGAAGGGGCCACCUGAUAAAAUCCUGUUGCCCCAAACUACCGCACCAAUGCAGAUCUUACCCAAAAGAUUAUAUAUAGCUAAAAAAAAAAAGGACAAAUGCUAAGAAGUAAAUAGUAUACUAAAUAAACAUAACCUUUAUUGCGUCAUACGACAUGAAAAAAUAAAAAUACUAAGAAAAAAUGUGGAAAGAAAACGUGCAAAUAGUGUACGUGGUUAAAAAGGGAAGUCUAGUGGAGUAUGCUAGCCAGGUGGCAAUAUCUCAAAUAUAAUUCUAAAAGGCAGUAGCGAAGUCACAAACUGGUGUCCACAAAUGGGCACUUAAAGAUGUACUUAUGUAAUGAAGAAAAGACUGUCAAUUGACAUACGAGUAUAUUCAAAAGACUAAACUCAAAAGGAACACUCUAUAUUUAUAAUGGUUAUAGCUCACUUGGUACAAUGUUACUAGUUAUAGUAUCACACAGUAUCUGAAUAAGAGAAAUGUUACCAUUUUGAAGUAAAGACUCUGGUUUCAAUUAAAUUCAAACAAUCAAUACAAUUGUAUAUUUCUGUAUAAUAUCUCUAAAUAGGUCUAUAUGUAGAGAAAGACUACAAAGUAAGUAAAGAAAAAACCAAAACCCCAUAAACCUAUUUGGCUUGAUCAAAGAAAUCACAGUCUCAGAGUAUCUGGGAAACAGAAAAGGUCUAAGUAGUUUCCCAAUUAGAUACUUUGUACUGUAUCCCUAAUAUGGUUUUAUCCCCACCAGUUAUUAGCCAUAUGCCCAUCUAGUCAGAUGUGUAAUAUAAAGGACUAGUAGAUACCCCACACAACGUCCACUAAUCUUCUUAUAAAGUAAAGCAUAAUGCUAGUAUAGCCUCUUUUUUUCAUUACACAAGUACAUCUUUAAGUGCUCAUUUGUGGACCAUUAUAAAUAUAGAGUGUUCCUUUUGAGUUUAGUUUAUGGGGUUUUGUUUUUUUCUUUACUUACUUUGUAGUCUUUCUCUACAUAUAGACCUAUUUAGAGAUAUUAUACAGAAAUAUACAAUUGUAUUGAUUGUUUGAAUUUAAUUGAAACCAGAGUCUUUACUUCAAAAUGGUAACAUUUCUCUUAUUCAGAUACUGUGUGAUACUAUAACUAGUAACAUUGUACCAAGUGAGCUAUAACCAUUAUAAAUAUAGAGUGUUCCUUUUGAGUUUAGUCUUUUGAAUAUACUCGUAUGUCAAUUGACAGUCUUUUCUUCAUUACAUAAGUACAUCUUUAAGUGCCCAUUUGUGGACACCAGUUUGUGACUUCGCUACUGCCUUUUAGAAUUAUAUUUGAGAUAUUGCCACCUGGCUAGCAUACUCCACUAGACUUCCCUUUUUAACCACGUACACUAUUUGCACGUUUUCUUUCCACAUUUUUUUCUUAGUAUUUUUUUUUUUUCAUGUCGUAUGACGCAAUAAAGGUUAUGUUUAUUUAGUAUACAAUUUACUUCUUAGUAUUUGUUGUUUUUUUUUUUAGCUAUAUAUAAUCUUUUGGGUAAGAUCUGCAUUGGUGCGGUGGUUUGGGGCAACAGGAUUUUAUCUGGUGGCCCCUUCCACAUCGCACAUUUAUGUAGUUAUUCCUCUCAAUAUUUUAAUCCAGAAUCCUGACCAUUUAACCGCAGAAAGCCAUCCAUUAUGAUUGAAGCAUGGAGGCCCCCUUUAAAGAAACAGUUCAAACACCAUAACAACCUCAGCCCGCUGCUGCUAAUAAUGCUAAUGGAGGUGGAGAUACACAUGAUGAAACUGCUAGUUGUGUAUCUAUAUGUGCAGUGUGCAGUGUUUCCUAUAGAAAUGCUGUACAUGUAGACUCCAAGCACUUUUAUCAUCUCAAAUAACUGAAGUAGUCAGGAUACUUGGAGUAACCUUUUAAGAAAAAGGUGUGUGUGGGUAAUAUUUUUUUUUUUUUAAACUGGAGCUCUGUAUUUGAAAUUUACAUAUUUAGUACAAGCAUUUCUUUCCUAGUUCCCUUUUGAAGCAUUGUGGCUUAUUUAAAUUUUUAUUCUAGUUUAGCUGCUCGGUUUCCGAAUUAAUGUGCAAAAUAUAACUAAUAGUUGCACUGCACACUCCUUGGCAUAUCAACGUUUUCAAAUAAGUGUAUUUAUAAUAAAUCAUGUGACACAUUACUUCUUGUUUUUAUAACAUGCAGUUUUGCUUUGCAUUGUUUUCAGAUUCUGGGACAUCAGAUAAAUGACUUUACACUUCCGGAUGUUAAUUUGGUUGGAGAGCACGCAGACGCAUCUGAACUUGGCAGAAUGUUGCAACUUAUUCUUGGCUGUGCUGUAAAAUGUGAACAGAAGCAAGGUAACUCAUAGUGCCUCUCCACACUGCACAGCUAAUCUGGCAUCAUGGCCUAUUGCAGACCAUUAACAUCUAUUUUUUAAAUCAGAAGCUUUUGAUUCAUAAAGAUUUACUCUGCUGCAGCAAUUUUUAUUUUUACAAUUUAAUAUAUAUAUAAAUAUAGUUUAAUGUAUUCAUUUUGCAAUUUCACUUUAUAAUAACAAGCUACGAGCUGUAUACACUUUACUUGGAAUCUUUUUAGUUUUUGAUAGUCCUGUUUGCAAAAUUACAACUUAGCAUUGUUGUUUACUUGUGCCUGUUAAACAAUGUUCUGUUAAUAUAAUUGAUACCCCAAAGACAAAUUCAUUCUCGACACAUGGGUUGGAUCGUUUCUCACCUAGACAGACGGUAGCAUAUAUAGCCUGAACCUCUGUUGAGUCGAUUGCCUUGACUUUAUUGGUCCUUGACUGCUGCUUAAAAGCUUAAUACAAGCAGCAUGACAAGGCUGGUUAAUGUUAAUUCUGUGCAUAUUUCUAUUAUUUGUUCAGUUGUUCUGCUGCUCUGCAGAAGCCGGAUGUUGUAAGCCUUUUGCACAGGAGACCAGGUACCCGACGGCCCAUUACUGUGGAACAGCAUUAGAGUAUUUUUUUAAAUAAAAAAAAUAACAGAGAAGGCUGUCUCUCAUGCAUCCUCCAAGACUUAUGAUAAAGCUGCUGUAUCAUUCUGCACGCCCCAUAUAGCAGAGAUAUUACACACAGGUGUAAAGUCAUAUUAUCAGGGUGAAUGGGUGUUAUUCAGGGGCAAAGUGCUAAGUAAAGAGUAAUUACUAUGGAAACUAAUAAAAUAUCUCUCAACAUUUAGCACUUUGCCGCAGAGUAACACUUAGUUUGUUUUCGUACUUGAUAAAUAUGGUUGUGAUGUUUAACUUCCGAUGGCAGUUAAAUAAUUUUAUAUUCUUCAAAAUAUCUUGGGAUUCCCUAUGAGUACUCUACACUAAUUGUAUGUAAUGUGUAAAUCAUUACAGGAGUUACAGUAUUAUUAUUAUUUUUUUUCUCUCUCUCCUGGAUGUGAUGAAGAUUGUAUUGCCAUGUAGCACAAAUACUUUUGAAUCUGUCUGAAUUAUUGCAAUACAAGGGUCUCCUCGAAUACAUUUUAUUUACACGACAAUGGCUGUCUAUUACUUUAGACACAAAAUUGGCAUCCCAUGAUUUGUAAAUGUACUUGCUAUGCCCUGGGAUACAGCUAUUAUCAAUAUAAUUACUCAAUCAUACUGAAAUGAUGAUAUUCUAUCUUAAUUUGUAGAGUACAUCCAAACAAUCAUGAUGAUGGAGGAGGCUGUACAACACAUGGUGAUGACUGCCAUUCAGGAGGUAUGUUGGAUUCACUCAAUCUGAAAUACUGCACAUCCAGCCUCCUACCACCAUGACCACUUCAAAUCACUAAAAUCAUCAUGGUGGUUGGAGUAACCCGUUAAAUUAAAAUCUAUUCAUUUGCUUGCUUAAUAAAGAUUACAUUUUCUAUUCUUAAUUCUAAUUCGUGUGUACAAUGACAGAUACACUUUAAGGCUUCCGCGGAACACAUGUAAUAUCAUGUGAAGAUCAUGCCAAAGCAGGAAAUGUUAAAAGGACAUUAUAGGCUUCACAAUAACUUUAGCUUAACAAAGCUGUUUUGGUGCACCUGCAAUCUUGCUGCUUAAAGGACCACUAUAGGCACCCAGACCACUUCAGCUUAAUGAAGUGGUCUGGGUGCCAGGUCCCUCUAGGGUUAACCCUGCCUGUUGUAAACAUAGCAGUUUCAGGGUUAGGGUUAAUCCAGCCUCUAGUGGCUGUCUCAUUGAUUUUCACAGUGAGAAGGCGCCAGCGUCCAUAGGAAAGCAUUCAGAAUGCUUUCCUAUGGACUGACUGCGCGUGAGGCUCUUGCCGCGCAUGCGCAUUCAGUCGAUGAUGUCCAAAGGAGGAGGAGAGUCCCCAGCGCCGAGGGAGCCCGGCGCUGGAGAAAGGUAAGUGAUUUAACCCCUUCCUCCAGCUUCAGCCCGGCAGGAGGGGUGCCAUGAGGGUGGGGGUGUUUUCCUGGCACUAUAGUGAUCCUUUAAUUCACUGUCAUUUAGGUGUUAAAUCACUUUAGUUUCUGUUUAUGCAACACUUUCCUCAACUCCUCUUCAUCUGGCUCACACAGCCUAUGUGGAAAAACUGGUUUUAUUUUCAAUCAGGUGUUAACUUGCUUUUGUAAUUUUUAUCUUCUGCUGUAUAAAUUAAACUUUAAUCACACACAGGAGGAUCUUGCAUGAUCUUGAAGGCUACUAAAAGAGUACGAGAUAAGAAAUUCUAAAUUAAACAGAAUUUGCUAUAAAGGAAGUUUAAACAUUAGAUCUUUCUUUACAGGAAAUUGUGGUUGGGUCUGCAUUAACAUAGUGAUGUAACUCCUGAGUGGCAGACAAUUGAGCAGUGAGACUGAUCUGUGCACUCAAACUGCUUUUAUCAUUAAUCUGAUGUUGUUUUGGUGAUUAUAGUAUCCCUUAAAAUGUAUUUUAUAAUAAAAGUAUUUUUUAAAAAUGUACAUUGCUGCUGGUGACUAUCUAAAGUAGCACUUGAAGCACCAUAACUUCCCUGCUCACUGUUGUGGCUGUGUUGCUAUAAGCAUUUGAGUCACUUGUAUGUUAACUGACAUUUAAUGUGGAUAAGUGCAAGAUAAUGCAUCUUGGACGUAAAAAACCAAGGGCAGAGUACAGAAUAUUUGAUAGAGUCCUAACCUCAACAUCUGAGGAAAGGGAUUUAGGGGUGAUUAUUUCUGAUGACUUAAAGGUAGGCAGACAAUGUAAUAGAGCAGCAGGAAAUGCUAGCAGAAUGCUUGGUUGUAUAGGGAGAGGUAUUAGCAGUAGAAAGAGGGAAGUGCUCAUGCAAUUGUACAAAACACUGGUGAGACCUCACUUGGAGUAUUGUACGCAGUACUGGAGACUGUAUCUCCAGAAGGAUAUUGAUACUUUAGAGAGAGUUCAGAGAAGGGCUACUAAACUGGUUCAUGGAUUGCAGGAUAAAUCUUACCAGGAAAGGUUAAAGGAUCUUAACAUGUAUAGUUUGGAGGAAAGACGAGACAGGGGGGAUAUGAUAGAAACCUUUAAAUACAUAAAGGGAAUCAACUCAGUAAAGGAGGAGACUAUAUUUAAAAGAAGAAAAACUACCACAACAAGAGGACAUAGUCUUAAAUUAGAGGGGCAAAGGUUUCAAAAUAAUAUCAGGAAGUAUUACUUUACUGAGAGGGUAGUGGAUGCAUGGAAUAGCCUUCCAGCUGAAGUGGUAGAGGUUUACACAGUAAAGGAGUUAAAGCAUGCGUGGGAUAGGCAUAAGGCUAUCCUAACUAUAAGAUAAGGCUAGGGACUAAUGAAAGUAUUUAGAAAAUUGGGCAGACUAGAUGGGCCGAAUGGUUCUUAUCUGCCGUCACACUCUAUGUUUAACAUAACAUUAGUUAAUCUACACUCAUGGAAAGCUCUUUGAAAAUUGAGACAUUUUUAAUUUGUACCCCCUUUUAAUGUAAUAUUUUCUUCUUACAGUUGAUGAGUAAAGAAACGCCUGUCUCUAUUGGAACUGAUGCAUAUGCUGAGCUUGAUCGCCAGGUAAACAGUUCUUUUAUAUUUAUGACAAAGCAGUGCAUGGUGUAAUCGUUGGGCUUGAUUUAUCUACUCCAAGUACAAUAAUCCAUGCUGGAUAUUGCAGUGGUUAUGGUUUACAGAGUUAGUGGUUGAAAUUCUUCCAGACCUUUUCAAUACAUUUUCUAGGUUUUACAAUAACUCACCAAAAAGCUAAAGUCUAGUUUCUGUAUUAUCUGUACAGAUCUGUCCACAUUUGUCUCCAGCACUUGCAACAUAGCAUUCUUAUCCAUAUUUGUAUCGUUAAUUUAAAAUAUUAGCUGCACCAGAGUAGGAACGACUUGGCUGCCUAGAUAGCCACCAUCACUAUAUCCGUAAGCUAUAGUCUUUAGUGUACCUUUUUAAUUGUGAUCUUUUAUCUGUCUUCAAUAAGUAGCUCUCUAUCAAUUAAUAAACUUCAACGUCCCUAAUUCUUUGCCAUCCUAUAGGUGGCUUAAUAUCAUGGCUUAAGCAGAGCUUAAGUUUUGGAGACAUCUGAUGGGUAUCUGGUAAAGAAUGAAUAAUGCAAAAUAGGAAAGGAUUACUCAGAGCAUCAUGGACACAUGAGGGAUUCCAAGUAGUCAUGGUGCCUAGCAUUUUUAUGUGCAUUUUUCGACUAUAAAAUGCUGCACAUACAGAGUUUAACUCCAAAUCUGGCUACAUCAUUAGUCAACCGUGAACAAGAGUUCAGGGAUUGCUAGUGUCAAUUCUGCAUAUAUUUCUACGUGCAGAGUUUCAUUAAUUGGCUGAGAGCGAUCACCCCAGCCGUACCAGGUAAGAGUUCAGACAUGUAAAACCAGCAUCUAGUUUAUAAUAACAACUGGUUUUCCUUUAGUUUGUAACAUCAUUGGCUGUUUUUUUUUUCUUUUCUAUUCAAGCUUUCAAACAUAAAUGGUUUUGAAGAUACUAAUUUUUGUUUGUUUGUUUAUAACUGUAGUUAAAGAAGGCCACUGAAGAGUUAAAUGAUGCUUUAUCAGCGAAAGAAGAAAUUGCACAGCGGUGCCAUGAAUUAGAUAUGCAGGUUAGUGUUUUUUCUUUAAUAAUACAGCAAUUUAAUGAUCAAAAGCUGGUGUAUGUUAUGUAUUACUGAUAAAAAAAAAGUUUGCACUAUUGGUCUUUUGUAUGCAUUACAAAACUUGAUUUCAUAAUGUCUUUAAAGUUACCCUCUACACCCUAUAGCUUUGGCUUAUUGAAGUUGCUAUAGGUGCAGUGUCUUUGCUCCACCUUCAGUAAGUUAAACCUUUUUCCAACGGGUUAACUCCAAAGUUAAUCCUACGGCUCCUAACACCCCUGCCCCUAACUUCUUUUUUCCAGGCUGACACAGUAUAUAGAGGUUAUGAUGGGCGGUCAGGGAAAAUAAACUCUUGUUAGGUGAAGGUUUACUUGGGCUGAGUCAGGGUCUGCAAAUGGACCCAAGUUUUAGCACUCUUUCAUUGCUAGCCUCAAGUACUCUGUAUUAUUGAGACAGAAAUAGCACUGCCAGUUACAUAAACUGUGAAAGUCCCAUUUUAACUCUUAAUAUGGUGCAUUAAUUCUACUUUACAGUGUGGGGAUAUUGCUGUGGGUAAGUGGAGGGUUUUAAAUCGAUGCAGGUUUAAUUGCUCUAAACUCAGGGUUUAUGCUCUGCUAGAGGGUUAAUAAAGCAGGUGUCUUAAAAUAUAGGUUUAUAUAAUGCUAUGAAUGUAUUCAAAGAUUUGAUGUCUUAAUAUGAUUCAUAAAACAUGUGGGAGUUUAGGGCUGGACAUGGUAUAGGGUAGUGUUUGGUGAAAGGUAUGAGUCAACAUAUGUGGGUGGAGCCAUACAAAUUACCACUUAGGUGAAGCCCACCAGCAUUUUUUGCUACCUUGUAUAGACAUAAUUACUGCAUAUAUGUAGGUCUGCACUAGGUUUCAUCGUGAACUCUGACGAACUUUAUCAACAAAAUCAGGAGGUAUGUAAGGUGAGUAUUUAUAGUAAUAUUUCCCUACAGCGUGUAAAGACAUUUUAUUUUUUCUUGCUUUAGAUUGGCUUUAGUUAUCAAUGAGCAGUACGGCAUGGUUUCUGUUUUAUGAAAUGCUCUCUUAGGGUGAAAUGGUUAUAAAAAUGAUGAUGAUGAUGAUACAUUUCCAGGUUAUCUCCUAACUAUUCUCUUGCUUUGCUUUUUAUGCAAUUGAAGGCGUAUGCUAUUCAAGAAGAGCGAGAUAAACUGAGAUUUGAAUGUAAUGAGCUAGAAGAAAGGGUAAAUUGUGAAUGUAAUGCUCACGUUAAAGCAUUGUCCCACGAGUACUAACUCAAACCUGCUUGUGUUUGCACAUGGUUUUAUUACUUUUUAAAUACUAACUUUAAAUGCACAGGUAUAUUUAACAUCACUCAGACAUGUUUUGUUGUGGUAGCCAGGUAUUUGGGUAUUGAUCUCUCUCUCUCUCUCUCUCUCUCUCUCUCUUUCUGUAAGUCUGCACAAUGGCGAUAAAUGGCAAUGAUAAUAAUUAGUGAAUAAUACCAAAGCGUUUAAAAACGAGCAAUAGUUUACUUUUCAAUUGUUUUACAGUUUUCUCUUUAGAUAUAAAACUGUAUUUUAAUGUCAGCCUUCAGCAUUAUCCUACAUUCUAUAUGUUUUUUGUAUGUGUUUAGAUUUUUUGUUUUUUUUUGUUUACAGAGGUAAACCAAUUCAAAAACACUCAAAGCACUAUAACCAAGGCUGUUUACUGUAGUGGUUUUAGUGUCAGGAGUGCCCUGGCACCUAUCUAUGUAAUAGUCAAACAUUUGAGAACUCGCCAGGGGUGUGCCAGGUGCCAUUCACAUUUUCCAUGAGAGCUGUAGGCUCUCUGCAUUGUGCUUAGCCUCAUUGGCCGAGAAUGGUCAGCUGAUUCUGCACAUCAAGGUUAAGCUCAGGAGAGCUAACAGAAGCUCCAGGAGCUUCUAGCAUCAUUGCAGGAAGUGGCUUCAGGUAAGAUGUCAAACUGUUAGCAAAUGGUUUGACUACUCACAUUGCGCGGUGUAGGGGGUGGGAUAUAGCCAGGGCACUCCUGUACCAUAACUACUGCAGCGUGCUGUAGUGUUUAUGUCUUUUAGAGUGUUCCUUUAAGCUUUAUAUAAAUUGUUCCAUAAAUAGUAAAUAAUUUAAGGAAAUAUACAAUAAGGUCUUUAUAUAUUAUGUGCAUGUUUUGUCUUCGUUUAGCUUAUAACAUUUUGUAAAUGUAACAUAAGCAAGACUUUCUUAACAAGUGAUUGUUUUUGAGAAAUUGGGCUCUAAUAUAAUGCAUGGUAUUUUCAAUAUUUACUGCAAUACAAUAGUGCUUCUUAAAGACAUAUGAAUAGUAGUAUUGUAACCUGUUCCUAUAUUUAAAUGCCGUAGUAAGAUUGUUUUGUGAAGGGAAAAAUGCCUUUUAUAAGUUUCUUACUGUAAACAUAAGAAAAAGCUUUUUCUAGAGCAGGGAUAGGCAACCUUCGGCACUCCAGUUGUUGUGGACUACAUCUCCCAUAAUGCUCUUACCCCCAUAAUUAUGGCAAAGCAUCAAGGGAGGUGUAGUUCAAAAUAUCUGGAGUUCCGAAGGUUGCCUAUGGCUGUUCUAGAGCAUUGUACACUUAGCCCAGUGUUAUGCAUUAGAGGGAUGCGCGUAGUUUAUAAUAACCGUUUUAGAUUGCAAAUCUAAUUUAGAAACUAUUAACCUCAUUGUUACUUUCUACCGAAAAAUGGGAAUGAUAUCACAGAAAUGUAGCAUACCACACCCUUCCUCUGCACCUAUGCACCUAUGAGCUAUGUUGUCUUUUUUUCAAAGUGCUGUAUUUGUGCUUUUAGUAUAUAUAUUUUUCGAUAUUUUAAAUUAAAACAUACAUAGCACUGUAAAAGUACACCUAAGCAUAAAUUGUAAACUUAAGGUAUCCCGUUAUAUUUGCAUUAGCAUGCAUGCCUUCGAAGGGCUUCCUGGGAUGAUAAUGGCCGACCAUCAUGGGGACCUGAGACCCCAGCAUGUAGAAGUGUAUGCAAUCACGGAAAAAAGUCUGCAACAGCACUGGGAAGUUCUACAGGGAGCCAAGUUUGUUUUAUACUUAUCUCUGGUGCAUAUCACACCAGGAAAUGCUUUUGGACUCUAGUGUCCAUCGCAACCUAUUAUACAUAAUACGUGAUGAAUAUAUUUUAAUCAUCCUUUAUUAAUUUUAGAUAUAAUAUCUCAGAGGGAUGAGGAGGGCCCUUUAGUGAUCGUAUUACUGGUAAAAUGGUUUAUUAACCGAGAUAAAAUUAUUUAAAUGUCAGAUCCUUUCAAAAGCUUCAUACUUGCAGCGACAUUAUGCAGGGGAAAUAAAAUAGCUUUCAAUGCUGAUUUUUUUUUUUUUUUUGUAGAAAAAUCAGACAAGCUUUCUCAAACGUGUCACAUCAGAUAGCAAAGUGGCUCACAGCAAGUUUUCUUUGUAUGCUUGUGUGUGCUCGCAUUUUUUUUUAUAGGAACAGGUUAUAAAAAGGUGUAGUUUAUAGGUUGAUACUAACUGUAUACUGCUCAGUAAUGACUGCAUUUAAAAGUGAUGACCGACACCUAUUAAUGAUUUUGUGUUCAAUGCGUCUGCCUUUGUUGUUCAUGGAUUUGGAUGUGUCCCAGAACAAGGAGUUUAGUUGUAACCUUCUAAAGAUAGAGAGGGGAUUACUGUAAAGGUCAGUGAGGGAUUCUUAAAGAGACUGUGAUGAUUAAACAUAUAUUGAUUAGAGAAAAGUGCAUGUUUAGAAAAGUUUCUACAUAAGUUGACAUUAAGUAACUUGCACAAUUUCAGUUUAUCUUCAGGAAGAUUAUUAUUUUUGUUUAUUUCUUAUGAUGCACACUAGGUUGAUUGGAAUUGUGGCUAUUUAGUUUUUGCAAGUAUCUCUUUAUGAAGCUAUGCUUUUAGUUCACAAUUCAGUAUUGAUGUCAGAUAUAUCCUAUAUAACCUUUAUUUUUGUUAGUCUUCAUGAUUUCCUGCUGCUUUAUAUGGUCAACACCUUUUUGUAUGAAGGUGUAAAGGGACACUAUAGUCACCAGAACAACUACAGCUUAUUGAAUUUGUUCUGGUGAGUAGAAUCAUUACCGUCAGGCUUUUUGCUGUAAGCACUGUCUUUCCAGAGAAAAUGCAGUGUUUACAUUACAGCCUAGUGAUAACUAACAGCCAUCUAAGGAGUGGCCAGUGAAGAGAUCCUUCCUGGGUCAUGGCUGCCUAAAAUGCAUCCAAACAUUCAGUGUCUCCUCCCUCUGCAUGCAGACACUGAACUUUCCUCAUAGAGAUUCAUUGAUUCAAUUCAUCUCUAUGAGGAGAUGCUGAUUGGCCAGGGCUGUGUUUGAAUCAUGCUGGCUCUGCCCAUGAUCUGCCUCUUUGUCAGUCUCAGCCAAUCCUAUGGGGAAGCACUGUGAUUGGAUCAGGCCACCACUUCUAAUGAUGUCAGCAAACAGCUUGUUUUUCUGAGGCAAACAGGCUUCAGGCUUGAAUACAGUAAGAUUUUGCUAUAUUUAUGGAGACAUGAGGGGUACAGGGGGGCUAGAUGGUGGUGUUCACACUAUAGGGUCAGGAAUACAUGUUUGUGUUCCUUACCCUAUAGUGAUCCUUUAAAUUCCUACACUAUUAUGUUUUAUAUAAAAUACAUUUAGAAUGAUGGAGCAACUGCCAUUAAAGUGAUUUUGAUAUGUCAUGAUAUAUAUUACUGGAAUAUAUUGACAAAAGCCCCGUUGUGGGCUGAAACAUUGUUUUUCAUCUUCUUCAGUAAAUCUGCUCACUGGAUUUACCCUGAGUUCUUGGACCAUCAUUACUUUUCUGGAAUAUAUCAAAGGCAAAAUGCUUUCUUCCUUCUAAACCACUUUGUUGAGACUUGAGAGUAGGGUGAAUGGGUUAUUAAACCUUUUUUGUCACUUUAAAUGCAAUAAUGAUAUAAAAUGACUGUAACACUUUUCUGCUGUGGAAUUUACUGUUGCUGCAGUGGCAAUCUGUGUGUGGCUGGCAUGCUGAUUGUAUAACAUGACCCAGAGGAAGCAUCAUGAUUCCCUUUGUGUCAUGGAACACAUACUCAGAACAUGUGUUAUUGUUGUAGGUUGCUGGACUUCAAGAGGAGAAGAGUAGUUUGCUUGCUGAGAACCAGAUUUUGAUGGAACGAUUGAACCAGUCAGAUUCUUUAGAAGAUCCCAAUAGCCCAGCUGGACGUAGACAUUUGCAACUUCAAACUCAACUUGAACAACUCCAGGAGGAAACCUUUAGGUAAGACCGGUGAUGAAUAAUGGUAAACAUUUUUUUUUUUUCUGGUAGUUGAUCAUAUAUUUAUGUUUCUUGCAAAUUAAAGAAACCCUCAUGCCCACUGCAUCUUAUGAUUAUAUUACCUUCCACUGCCACUUGCCUUUAUUUGUAUUUAUUACAAAAUCUUUCUUGUGUUGGAUCUCAAUACCUUGGUGCAGCCAUUUUGUUCACCUCUGCUCAUGAUGUCUGCUGUUUUUACCAUUUUGCAGAAUUGAUUUUUACCAAUGGAUUGGGUGUACAUUUGGUAACUGAAACAGAGUAUUGCUUUCAGCUCUGCCUAUUGUCACCUUAACUGCUAUACAUAAAGAAAACUAGUCCUGACUAGGGUAUUCAGGGACGCAAAGCUAUGUAAUGGCAUAUUAGAUUAAGUUUAUUUUUGGUGACAAAUCGGCUUUAAAGGGAAAUUAUUGUGCCAGGAACACAAAGUUGUUUUCCUGGCACUAUAACUCCCUAUAGGGCCCCUCUAUAUCGGCGAUGGUUCAGGCUCCGCUUCUGCUCCUGCCACGUCAGCCGGCAAGGGGGGACCUAUUGCGCAUGCGCAUUGAACGCCAUGAUCGCAUUAGAACUUCCCCCAUCAGAAAGCAUUAUAUAAUGCUUUCCUGUGGGUUUUGGUGUGCUACUGGAUAAUCUCAAGCAUAACAUGAUGACGUCCAGCUUCAGUUCGGUGACCAAAAUUCACCUAACCACCCAGAAACCCCUCUAGUGGCUGUCUGGUUGAUAGCCCCUAGAAGUGGAGUUAACCCUGGCAGGUAACUAUUACAAUUUUUUUCAAAACUGAAAUAAUUACAAUUGCAGGGUUAAGGGAUCUCGGAUAGUGGACCCAGACCACUUCAAUGAGCUGAAGUGGUCUGAAUGCCAUUAGUGUCCCUUUAAGUACCUUUUUUGGGGGAAAGAUGAGAAUUGAUUACCUUCUUAUGUAUUAAGAUUGCAUCUAAAACUACCAAAAAUAUUUUUGUCACAAAUUAAACACUCUAGGUUAUUUACAAAAGUGAGAAUUUUCAGAACGUCAAAGUGAAUUACAAAUAAAAGACCAAAAUAACUGAACUGAAAGCAGAAUUACCUUAGAGAAUUUUUCAAAUUUUGGUUUUUUUUUUGCCUAAAUUUUGAAAUGCACUUUGAAUCCCCCUGCAAUUCUCACUUUAGUAAACAUCUCCUAGUACUUUUAAUUAGUGACAGGAGUUUUAGGUGUAAUCUAAAUUCUUAAGAUAAUAUCUCAUUGAUGUGGUCUGGGUGCAAACUCCCAUCACUCUUGACCCUGAGCAUGUAAUUAUAUAAACUGCAAUAAUUUCCUGCUAGGGUUAACUUCUCCUCUAGUGGCUGUCUACUAGACAACCACUAGAGGGACUUCCGGAAUCGAAUUGGACCUUUGGUCCGUUAUCUGACACUGGACGGAGCAUGAGGACUUCCAGCGUCAGAUUUUUUUUUUCCCCAUAGGAAAGCAUUGAAUAAUAAUAAUAAUGCUUUCCUAUGGGGAAAUCCUAAUGCGAGCACGGCCACGCACAUUAGGUCUCCCCCGCCAGCGGACGUCGGAGCAGGAGGAGCAUGGGCGCAGCUGGACACAGAUAAGUGACUGAAGAUGUUAUUAACCCCUUCAGCACCGCAGGAGGGGGCCUUGACAAAGGGGGAAGCUAUAGUGCCAGAAAAAUGAGUUUGUUUUCCUGGCACUAUAGUUUCCCUUUAAGGUUGCAAUGUAUUUGGCGUAAUAUGGAUUGUUCUGUCUCUAAAUGCAGCACUUUGCCCUUGGGUUACUCUAGUUUUCCCUCUGCAUGUGUCCUACAAGUUUGUUUUGUGCUAAUCACAUACUUUCUCAAGGUUUAUUACAAUUGAGAGAUUUGGAACACAAAUAUGGUGUUUUUAAUCUGUGUUGCGUACACAAAGCCCUUGUUCUAUAAAGAGUUAAGCUUCCUCUAACAAAGCAUAUAUGUAGGAAGAUGUGCUUUUUAUGCAACACUCUUUCAAAAAUUCUAUACACUUUGUUCCUUAACCAAAUGCUGAUACUGACUUUUUUAUUUUUUAGUUUGACUGACUUCCUUAUGAUAAAAAAAAACUCUUUUUAACCAGAAGUAGCAUUUUUCCGUUUGUUUUUCAUGAGGUUUCAUAUGGGAUGUUUGAGAUUUUCUGUCACUUUUUUUUAGUUCUUUUUCAUUUUAAGUCAGUAGGUUUAUCAAGUACUAAAAUGGAAAUGUGUUUUUAAAGCUUUAAAAUAUUUUCUUAAAAUGAUAACGCUAGUAAAAAUGUUAAUUGCGUAAUACACAAGACUGCAUGCAAAUAAAGAUGUCCACAGUAAAUUACAAUAAAGUGUACCUGAGUACACCAUAUCAUGUGACCAUAUACUGUAUAUCGGUAUGUUUAUUGAAAAUUGGUUAAAAUGGAUACGGUAACUAUUGCAGUUCUUCAGAUAAGCACAAAAUGUACUCUGAAAGAUUGUUAAUUUUGUCGACUAACAAUUUUAGUUGAGAUUUAGUAGAGUAAAACUAAAACAAUCAGAUGAUAAAAUACUACUAAAAUUAUAAUGACUUUUUAGUCAGACUUAGGGAAUGAGACAUAUGGGGUUAGGGGACACGGAGGGGCUGGGGAAGAGGCAAAAGAGAGCAAGGCUUUAUUAAACCCAUUAGAUUUUAGUUGUGUUGGCUAAAAUCUUCAGGAGAUUUAGUCGACUAAAACGAAAACAAUUCAGAUGACUAAAAUACGACUAAAAUGGCUUUUUAGUCAAAAGACUAUGAUUAAAACUAAAUUAAAAUUUGCUGCUAAAAUUAACACUGCUCUGAAAGUGAGAAAACAUAUGCCAUAUGGGACAAUAAAGUCCAACACGUGUAUAUAUACAGUAGAGUGAACAGGAAAAGAAGAUUUGUGACAGCUCUGUCUCACUUUAUUAUCUUGUUCUUUCUUCGUAGCUGCUCCCACUCUUUCUGCAAUUUCCAGGAACAUUAACUGAACGUUUUAAUGGUGACACAACUGUUCUAACCAUAGCUGUUUUUUUUGUUUUUUUUUGUUCUGUCUCUAUUUCUUCUCUAAUAGGCUUGAAGCAUCCAAAGAUGAUUACAGGAUACGAUGUGAAGAGCUGGAGAAAGAAAUAACAGAAUUAAGACAACAGAAUGACGAUUUAACAACUCUUGCAGAUGAAGCUCAGUCACUUAAGGAUGAAAUGGAUGUAUUAAGGUAAUCAGUAUUGGUUGCCACAUGCCUUUCAAUUGCUUUUCUUGUCAGUGGGACCUACUCUGUACCAUUUGGGGGGGAGGGAGGGAAGAGGAUGUAUUGUUUUCUUAGGUAAACCAUUUUAGAUAAAUUACAUAUAUUUAGAACUAAUUAUUAUUUGCGGUUUAAGUGUCCUUGAGAGUGAAUAUUGUACCUGCAUCUUUCCUGUAUUUUCUAGAGCUAGUGUACCGCCUCUUCUUUUUACAAAGUGCAUUUAUUUAAAACGUAACCAUGUAAUAUACAUUUUUUGACUGUGCUCUUCUGUUUUUGUUUUUUGUUUUUUUUUACCUAGCAGUUUUUCGGUUCUGCUGAUUAGACAGAUCUUAGCACAUGCUGGGCUCAUUAUUAGCCCUACUAGUGUUUUCAGUACCUUUCUUAAAGAUCAUGCUUUGACAUUUGAGCUGCAAGAAAGAUCACAAUUUCUCAUCUCAAUGUCUCUAAUAAUUAAGUUAUGAUUUCUUGAUGGAUAAAUUAUGGCAGGGAGAUAACUUCCUUCUUAGGAAUGAUAUUUGCCCUUUGCAUUCAUACAUUAUUGAGCUUCCCUUUAUCCUAUUUAUGUUUCUAUCAUUAUCCAUCUCUUCAAAAAAAGUGGAUUACUGAUUUCAGAAACAUCCAAAGCCAUUGCAUUCAUACAUUAUUGAGCUUCCCUUUUAUCCUAUUUCAGACAUCCCAACUUGCAAAAAAACUUGCAUUUCAGGGAGGUGGCUGCACCAGCUACAGCGUCACCCCUCCACAGGCGCGCACCCUACCCACAUACAGCCCAGAAACAUUUAUGAACACCUUGACAUACAGAUACACGCACUGGCACAUACACACUCAGAUACACACUGACACACAGAUACAGACAUUGAAACACACUUACUCAGAUAUGCACACAGAUACACACACACAAACACAUACACUUAGAUACACACAGACACACUCAGAUACACACACUGACACAUACAUUCAGAUACACACACUGACACAUACAUUCAGAUACACACACUGACACAUACACUCAGAUACACACACGGACACAUACACUCAGAUACACAGACUCGGAUACACACUGACAUACAGAUAAACACACUGACACAUACACUCAGAUACAGACACUGACAUACAGAUACACAUACACACACACACUGACAAACACACGGAUACAGAUACAUACUGACACAAACACACAGUGACAUACAGAUACACACACCCACUGACACAAACACACAGAUACACACACUGUCCUACAGAUUGACACAAACUCAUAGAUACACACUGACAUACAGAUACACACACAAAUGCUCAGAUACACUCCUCUUAGCUUACUUUUUUCUCCGGGAGGGUGACUUGCUUGCUGCUCUGGUCCUGGCUGAGGCUGAUGGGAGAGAGCAUGCAGUGGCAGCUCACUCUAACCUCUCUUCUCCCUCCAUCCUGCUGUGUAUCUCUUCCGCAUCCUCCCUCCAGUCCACCUGUGAGGCUCUCUGUGAAGCAGGUGUUCUAUCAAAAUCCCCUACCUCGUGAAAAUCCCCUACCCUCGUCAUUCCGGUGAGGGGAAUCAGCUGGCUCCUGUGCUGCACAUGCGUGCUUGCACUCCUGCUACUCCUCCACAGCAAGGUCCUGGAAGGUAAGUAAAACUAGUUUUACACUUUCAUUAUAGUUCGUGCAUUCACUAAGCUUAGGCACACGGGACAUUUAGGGUUAAGUGAGGGUUCAAAUUAGGGUUAGGUAAGUGCUUCUAACCUCUCUCACUCUCUAUUCUUACCCUAACCCUUGGGGUAAGGGUUAAAUAAAGUGUGAAAAAGCACAAUUUAGUGAUAUUCCCCUAAUGUGAAAUAUCACUAAAUAUGAACAAGUCAGUAAUCCUAACCCUAAUUUGAACCCUAACAUUAACCCUAAAUGUCCCAUGUCCUAAGCUUAGUGAAUGCACUAACUAUAAUGAAAGUGUAAAACUAGUUUUACUUACCUUCCAGGACCUUGCUGUGGAGGAGUAGUAGGAGUGCUAGCACGCAUGUGCAGCACAGGAGCCGGCUGAUUCCCCUCACCGGAAGUGACGAGGGUGGGGGAAUUUGAUAGAACACAGGCAGGAGGUGACAGGCUGACACCACUUCCUCCCUGCCGACUAAUAGUCGGCUCUUAAAGUGCUGGUACUCUUACCAGCCCUGCUUCGUGAUUAUGAGGGAAGGGACCAGGGGGCACAAAUAUUGUAUAAUAUCCUGGAAACCAACACACACAAUCUGAUAUACAAUGUAUGACAGAUUGUGUGUGUGUGUGAUUUCAAGGAUAUUAUACAUGUUCUGCGGGUGUCAGGGAGCCGCAUGCAAAAUGGAACUACCGGGAGACUUGGCUUGUCUGCUAUUUAUGGUUAUUUCCAUUUUGGCACAGGAUUACAUUUUAUGAGCCAGGAUAAGAUAAAAGAUUAGGUUUUGGGUAUAAUAAUGAAGAGAGCACUUUAAGAAUUGACCACAGUCUGAAUGUACUUCAAUGGUGUUCGUUUGAGUUGUUAUUGGUACAAAUUUAGUGUGUCAGAUGUUAUUAUCUGUGUAAUCAGUAAUUCAUAUAUUCAGAUAGGCAAGGAUCUGAUAAUGUGGAGAUACAAUACUAAUCACGUUAUAUUAAUGCAUUACCCUGGAUUUUUGAUUGAUGAUAAUGUAAACACAAUAAGAAAAAAUAUUGUACAAAAAUAUAUAUAUUUAUUAACUAUAAAAUCUAGUGCAAAAACUAAGAAUAAUAAUAUGCGUGAUCAAUGAGCCUGUUAGUAAAUUGGUAUAUUGAAAGAACAAGCCAGGCAAUCUCGAAGGGUACUUUAUGAAUGUGAUGUUAGAGGGCAUCUUCCCCUUGUGAAAAUACUAAUUCACAUAUUUAGUUUAUUUAAAGACAUUCUCUUAUCACUGUAACCAUUACAGCUUGGAGGCAAAGCAGUUUGAAAAAAAAACUGGGGUUGUUCUAGGCUCACACUAUACCUGCUGUCCAAAAUGUGUGUAAAAUAAAAUAAAAGGUUUUUUGUUUUUUUUUAAUGUUUCUGCUGUUUAUGAUUUUUUUUUUUUUUUUUUUAAAGCUAUAGCAUGGAUAUUGCACCGUAAAAAAUGUUUUAAUUCAGAUAUUUGCAAAACUUAAAAAAAUAUUUUACUUAAUCACUUGAAAAACAUUUUUGGCUACUUACACGUCUAAAAUGGCGGUCUCUUACCUUGGUGCAUAAGCAGAAAAUGGCAAAUCACCCUGCAAACAAAAUUCAGAUUUAAAAAAAAUAAAAUAUAAAUUUUUGUUUUUCUUUUCUUUUUAUUACAGGUUUUUGUUUGUUUUUUUGUAAUGGGUUUUUAUUUUUAUGGGUUUUGUAAAUGGUUUGCCUUACCACAGUGUAGAACUGAAUGAUGUGUCUAAGCUUGACAUGAGGCCAAAAUAGUUUGAAGGCAGAGCCAUAGCAAUUUCCUGUGCAGCUGUGUUCAUUCUUAUGUCUGUUGUAAAAGAGGGUGACUUAAUGAUAAUGUGAUUUCUCCUUUUAGCUUCAACUAGUGACUUCUAGAUGUUACAGUGUGUGGGUAGAUUUUCACUGUUUCUGAUUGUAACAAUUGAUCCCUCUGAUACCAGUUGCCUAUUUAUAAAAUGGACAGAGAACUGAUUGUGGCAGUGUUCAAAACCAUUUUUUGUAGUCCAUCAUAAACUCCUCAUAUUUAUUGAUGCCUUGGAGGGACUGCACACUAUUAUAAAGCUUUAAUACAGCAAUUGUUAUAUAAUAUAAUAAGGCUUUGUAACUACACUUGGCGAACCCAUACUUUGUGUGACAGAGCCGCAGUUCUGCCACUAUGCAGACACAUUUAACCAAAUUUCUCACUAAUAAAGCUAAAGUCACCCUCCCUGGUUCCCCAUGUACUUCACUAGGCACAGUCCUGAAGAUUACCCUCAAUUCAAUCCAAGGUUAAGACUUUCACUGGGGAUGAUUCUGUACUCUUUUGACCAAAGCUGGUGGAGAGCUAUCCCGGAACAUGUUGGGGUUAUUUGUGUCAUUUUUAAUGUUUUGGGAUAUAUUGUAAUAGUGCCCUGAUGUCUGGGGAUAAUUAACAUAGUAGUUACUGAUCUAAUUAUCUCUCAGAUUCAGAGGCAUCAGGGUGGGGUUUGCGCAGUUUAAGCAGUGAACCCCCUGUUGAGGUCUUGUGUAUUACGAUGCGCCAUUCAGUAUCUCCUCAUAGAGAUGCAUUGAAUCAAUGCAUCUAUAUGGGGGUCGUUCAGCAUCUCCAUGCACAGUGUGGAGGUACUGAAGGUAUGUACUCCACAAUGUGCUGCACAGUGUGAAUUAGGAGUCGCCUCUAGUGGCCAUCUGAGUGACUGUCACUAGAGUCAUUCCAAUGCAGCUAUGUAAACACAUACGUAAAACAAACCGGAAACAAGGUGAUUAAACACACUAUGGUUGAAGUACCUUACAUCUGGUUAUGAUAAGUAAACCUAGAUGGUAUAAAAAAUGAAACACAUCAUAGUGUAGUAUACCCCCAUAAAUCAGAAUGGUGAGAUAAAUUGGAACACUCACAAAUUAAAGAGCCAGUUAGUAUAGGCAUAUCAUCAAUCUAAAAUUUUUACAGCGCCACUGAUCCUUAAAGGGAAACCCCAGUGCCAGGAGAACAAUCUGUUUUCCUGGCACUGCAGGUCCCCUCUCCCUCCCACUCCCCAAUCCCCAGUUGCUGAAGGGGUGAAAACCCCUUCAGUAACUUACCUGAGGCAGCGACGAUGUCCCACGUUGCUGCUUCUCCCUCUGCCGCCGCUCCUCCUAAUGAUUACGUCGCCCGGUGGGGAUGCCAUGCGACGUAAUCACUAGGAGGAUUCAAUGCUUUCCUACGGGGAAAUGAGCGACGCUGGAGGUCCUCACACAGCGUGAGGACGUCCAGUGACGCUCUAGCACUGUGCUAUAGAGCAGAAAGUGCCCUCUAGCUAACCCAGUACAGAGAUAUACUGACUCAAAGUAGAGACUUGACAGUACAGCAGUGACGUCCGCUUCUGGCUGAAGCGCCAGGAGCUGAAAAGGACCCGCAGGAAGAUGAUGGCGGUGUCUGCGAGCUACUGGUCCCUACCGGCUCUGGUGGUCGAGGGUCUUGAAACUUGCAUGGGGAGCGGGGGUUGCUAAUUAUGCAAAGUCCUUAGACGAUGCUGCUGCCACCUUAAGCAAAUUGAUUAAAACAUUUGUGAGGAAUACAUUUUCCAACAAAUCUUUCUUUCUUUUUUUUUGCAGCUCUUACACACUUACAUAUAAUGGAUGUGUUAUACAUUUAAUGACACCAUAAAUAAAGAAAAACUCAAGACUACAGGGAAAAAAGGUUUGAUCUGAAAAACAAUUCAUUCUCUUGAUUUGGUUAUGUACAGGCAUUCCUCUGAUAAGGUGUCAAAACUGGAGAGUCAAGUAGAGUCCUAUAAGAAAAAACUGGAGGAUCUUGGGGAUUUACGAAGGCAAGUGAAGCUUUUGGAGGAGAAGAACACGAUGUAUAUGCAGAAUACUGUCAGUCUUGAAGAGGAACUCAGGAAAGCCAAUGCUGCCAGGAGUCAGCUGGAAACCUAUAAGAGACAGGUACCUUUGUCCAUUUCAUAAUAAUCAGGUCUUCAUGCAUCUCUCUCAGCAAUGAUCACCCACACUAUGCCAGUGUCAUCUGUGUUAGGUGAACCUUGGUAUGGUCACCGUAUCUGUAUUUUAUCUUGAUUGAGAUAUCCUUAAUUGGAUGUAUGACAAUCUGCUGCAUAUCGUGAGUGGUUUAGAAGAAGGGUUGGGGAGAUUUAGUGAUAGGAGAACUUAGUUACACAUAUAAUAAAGGAAAUUAAAGCCCAAAGCGUCUUGAAGGUAAGAAUUAUUAGAGUUAAUGUUUGCAACACUUUAAAUACAAUUAUUCCCAGCCAACCCUAAAUUCCCCUAAUACAACUGUAUCUGUGCACGAACACUUCCUGGGUACACCCCCUCCCAUAUUGUAAUGCGGCAUGUCUAUAUCAAUGAUUCUAUAAUGGCUGCCCUAUUUCCAUAGUGGCAAGUAUCUACUUUUAAAAAAGAUUAAACUUGUGUGCGCUGUUUUAAAUUCUCUUACCUCUAAUAACAGUCUGGGUUGUAAUGUGCUCCAUGUUACUAAUGUAAUAUUAAUGAUAAUAUUAGCUAUCUGCACCAAAUCAGGGCAUAUCAAUUCUUGUAUUCUAAAAUAUAUAGAAUUUUUUUCUGCAGUAAUUGUAUAAAAAUAAAGCAAAAAUUGUAAAAUAUAAAUGUUACAAUUUGUUUCUACCGUUUUAUUAAAGGUACACUCCGAGCACCAUAACAACUACAGAGUGCUGUAGUGGUUACAGUGCCAGAAGUAUCAUGACAUCCUCUGAGUUUAUGUAGUCAAGUCAUUGACAAACCUUGUAGUAUUGUGGUGCUUGGAGUGUUUCAUUAAUAUGUUAUGCAUGUACAUCAAACUCAAAAUAAAGUCCUCUCUGUACCAUAAAACAAUGUAUAUUUAAUUGUAAGUACACUGGUCCUUGAAGGAUUAAAAAUGUAUUUCUUAAUUAUUCUAACAGGUAGUAGAACUGCAAAAUCGGCUGUCCGAAGAGUCUAAAAAAGCUGACAAAUUGGAGUUUGAAUACAAAAGACUAAAGGAAAAAAUUGACAGUUUACAGAAAGAAAAAGAUGUAAGUAUUUCAUUUUAUCAACACAAUGUAAUUUGAGACUUUGUUGUAAAGGAUACAAGCUUGUGUGCAUUUAUCAUUUUGCCAAUUUGUUUGUUUUUCUGUUGCUCAAGAGGAUUUUCAUUUAAAGUAUUUUUCUGAAUUGUUGGUAGACACAAAUGGGUGAAAAGUUGUUAGAACUUUAACUUUUCAAAAUAUAUUGGACUAGGAUGAAGUUUUUGAUCAUUGUGAAAUAAAUAUCCUGAUGAACAAAGAAACAUUUUUAUUGCUUUUAAGUAAUUCUUAAAAGUGUAUUAAAGGGACACUUUAAAACGGCACUGUUGUGGCCACAUCCGUUUUUUUGUUUUGUUUUUUUUUUAACCUCCCUCCCGACUCAAAUGCAUCUAAUAGCCCCCUUGGUCGCCUCCAAAUGCCCCUAAGCCCCUCAUAUUACCCAUAUUUAAUGUUUAUUUUCUGCCCGGACCUAGGUCCUGAGCGCCGCCAUCUUUGUGUGGGUAGAUGAAGUCCCUGUGGGACACGUCAUCUGCCCAAACUAGAUAGCGCUGUAAAAUUCCCACGAGUUCCUAGUUCGGCAUUCAGACGGGAAUUUCGACCAUUCAUUCGUCAGAAAGACGAAUGAAUGAAUAGAAAUUAUAAACGAACAAACACAGACCGAAUGUCGGUGUUUGUUUGUUCGUUCGUUUAUUACAAGGAGGGAGCUGCCAGCUCGCAGCUCCCUCCUUAUAAUAUGUAAACAUAGAAGCGACAGGGAGCUCUGCUCUCUCCGCACUUCCUAAUCCCCCACAUGUCCUCCCUCACUCUAUGGGAGUCAAUAUGAGCCCCAUAAUAGCAUAAGGGAGAUUGUGAACCCCCCCAUCUAUUAACUUGCCCCCCCUCCCAUCUAUUAAAAAAGCACCCCACCACCUAUUAACUAGCGGAGGGGACAUAGUGGCCCUCGAAUCCCCACCCUUGCCCUGCAAGUGUGGGCUAUGACCCGCGGGUGGGAACUGCGCUAAAUUACAAUGAUGGGGGACCUAUUGCCCCCCCGACCCUUGGUCUCCACCCCCCGGUACCCACUCAUGAGCGGCGGGAGGGGUCUCUAAAUGGCAAGGGGGGCCUAUUGCCCCCUUCUCCCCCACGGCCCCACCCACAGGUCAUAGCCCGUGGACCUAAGAUGAAAAGGGGAUGGGGGCCUGUUGUCGUCCCCUUCCGACCACCACCCAUAAGCGGUGGGUGGAGCUCUAUAUGUAAAAAAUAAACCAUGGGCGGCCUGACUAGGGGUCACCAAGUCCCUAGUCACCCCCCCACACACACAUUUCUACCUACCACUAUUUAUAGGGGGAUAGGGGGACAAUAAAACUAAGUCCCUGUAAAUAAAAGUAAAUAUUUACCAUUUGAAGUCUUCUUUUUUCAUAAAUCUUAUUUUUUCAGCCCCAAAAAAGGCCAAAUUAAAACCAUAAAGCCCAUCGGAUUUUAUUGAAAGCCAGAGUGCUCUGAGUAAUUUUACACAGCAUGGGAAAGAGCUCAGUCUGCGCUGGGCCCUCACUGGGUGAACAUGGAUUAUUUUUGGGGGCGUCAGGAUUUUUUUCUUUUUUUUUUUGUAAAUAGAUUUUUAUAAAAAUUUUCCAAUGUUCAAUUAGCCAAAUAACUUAUAAGUAAACUUCAGUUGGGACACGCAGGUUCCUUCAGAAUAAAACAUAAACAGUGAUAUUAAAGGAGUGAUGUUCAGUCAAUCAUACAGUGGUGACGCGCAGGUAACUGUAUAUCAUGCACUUUGGUCACAUGUCGGACUCGCAGGUCCCGUAGCAAUUAGACAUUUGGGUAGUACCCCAUAGUCAUUUCAAAAGGGCCAGGAUGGUCCCGCAGGUCAGUUUUUACUCAGUUUUAAGAACUUUAGCUUGGUAUGUUGAACAUGUACAUGUGUAACAUAGGUUCAAGUGUCCCCUCGCGGGAAAGUGAGCAUUUACGAGGUGGCCUCGUAGGUCCCCUCUUAUAGUGACACUGGUGUAUGUUACCUCCCGGUGUUUGUGUGGUCUGCCAGUGUGCCGGCAUGUGCCUGUAAUGUUCGCCGGUGUCAAGUUUCAUUCAGUGUGUGUACCGGGAGUCCUCUUAUGGUGUAUGGGGGAAUUAUUAGGGGGAGGGGGAAGGAUGUGAGGGUUGCAGAGUUAGUCGUGGGAGUUUGGUCUGUCAGGUGGGGCGUCUGUCUCCAGUCGCGUGGUAAAGUCUGAUGUUGCGGUGGAGACGAUCCAUUGGUACCAAAUUCCCAGUUAUGUUUCAGUGGCGUUAGUCGCCCCCAUGUGCAGUUCUUCUAUUGCCCUGAGGUCUUCCAUUUGGGUGAACCAUGCCCGAAGUGGGGGGGCAGGGGGUCCGUUCUUGUUUCCAGAAUUGGGGUAUGACCUGUUUGGCUACAUUCAAGAUUCUGAUGGACAUGGAUUUCUUGUAUCGGGACCUAGGAGUGGUCGUGUGGUGUAGGUGUAGAAGCAUUGCCGCUGGCUCUAGUGGUGGUGGUGGUGCAUCUGAGAAUUUCUCUAGGAUGUUCUGUAUGUCCACCCAAAACGGUUUGAUUCUGUCACAGUUCCACCAGAGAUGUAGUGUAGUGCCCCUUUCUUUACCGUACCUCCAGCAGAGAUCAGAGUGGGACAUGUAGUAUGUGCGGUACCAGUAGCUCAGCAGUUUAAAUGCAGUCUCCUGUGUCCUGCUGAAGACUGAAUAGUGAUGCGUUAGGUAGCAUAUUUUUUCCGAUUCGUUGUCAGUAAAGGUCCUCCCUAGGGCAGUCUCCCAUUUACCGAUAAAGGCUGGUAGCUCCGGUCUCCCUUUGUAGCAAUGAGUACAGGAAUGAGAUCCCAUGGAGUUGUGGGUCAGGGUGCAUUCAGCACUCCUCAAAGGUGGUCGGAUUCCUGGUGCAGGCUUGUCCCUUAGUGAGGGUGUCAAUGAAAUUCGUCAGCUGUUUGUAUUUGAAGGUCUGUAGGAAUGUAGGGGGCUCCUCUUCUAGCAGGUAGAUCAGCCUCUUACGGCCCCUUUGUGUGUGGAUAUGGUGUAGUCUGGGGUUGGGUGUGUGAAGUAUGUCCCUAAAGGCGUUCGGGUCAAGGCCGGGGGGGGAAGUCAUGGUUGUGUGCCAGAGGCAAUAGAGGUGAUGGGUACUGUGUCAACCUGUGUGUCCCGGACACUCUGUGCCAGACUCACAGGGUAUGUUGUGCGAAUGUGGAACAGCCUUGUCCGAUCCUGCUACCGGAGUACCACGGCAUCACCGAGGCCGGUCCCCCCGUCCCCGCCUCCUCCACCACCUUCCACAAUUUGUGGACGUUGGUCUUGGUCCACUCCAUGACUCUUUGGAGAUGCCCUGCUAUAUAAUUGAGGUGAAAGUCUGGAAUAACCAGACCUCCCUUCUCCUUGGGCAACGUGAGGGCCAUGUACUUGAUCCUUGGCCUUUUUCCGUUCCAUAUGUAACGUCCUAAUGCUGAACGUAGGGAGGAAAAGAACGCCAUAGGGAUUGUUAUGGGGAGUGUUUGGAACAGAUAAAGCAAGCGCAGGAGGAAGUUAAUUUUUAUGACUUGAAUCCUCCCCAGCCACGAUAUGUGUGGGUAGGACCAUUCUGUCAACUCUCGCCGGAACAUUGCCAAUAUGGGGAUGAAGUUUUCUCUAUAAAGGUCUUCACUCUGUCUGGUCAGCCAUGUUCCCAGGUAGCGUAUUUUAUGUUCCGCCCAUUGGAAGGGGAAGCUUAGGCGCAGGGGGGUAGGUCAGUGUUCAGGAUGUAUGAUUUAGAAAAGUUUAUUUUCAAAUUGGAGAUGGCUCUGAAUGUUUCAAAGGCUUGAAAGAUGUUUGGGAGGGAGAUCUCCGGAUGGGAUACGAAAAAGAGAAGAUCGUCCGCGUAGGCGGCCACCUUGUGGUGUGUGUCCCCUGUCUGUAUGCCAGUGAUGUCACAGUGGUGUCUGAUGCCUGUCAGGAAGGGUUUGAGGGCAAGGACAAAGAGCAGUGGGGAUAGGGGGCAGCCUUGGCGGGUGCCAUUGUGGAUAGAGAACUCGUCUGUCAGUGCCCCGUUCACUAUUACUUGGACAGUGGGUCUAUUGUACAUGGCCUCCACCCACUUUUGUAUGUGGGGCCCGAGACCAACAUGGGUAAGGGUCUGGAAUAGAUAAUCCCAUCCCACCCUGUCGAAGGCCUUUUCUGCGUCGGUGGACAGCAGAAGAAGGCCUCCAGUGUCUCCACCCCGUCUGUGCAUGAAAGUGAGGGCGCGCAUGGUGUUAUCGCUCGCCUCGCGGCCCGCCACAACUAGGGGAUGUGCUGCUGUAGGCGCAUAGCCAGGAUCUUUGCCAUUAGUGUGAUGUCACAAUUAAUAAGGGAGAUGGGUCUGUAGUUUCCACAGUGCUCCCCGUCCUUGCCCUCCUUAGGGAUGAUGGUUAUGUGUGCCGUCAGUGCUUGUUUGAGGAAGUGGUGGCCCUCCCUUACUGCGUUAAAUGAGGCCAGCAUCGGCGGGUACAGCCGGUCUGCAAAGUGCUUAUAGUAGCAGAGUGGCAGUCCGUCUGGGCCGGGACUCCUACCAGGUUUGGUAUGUUUUAUUGCAAGUGCUAACUCCUCCAGGGAAAUGGGUUCGUCCAAUUGGUCUGAGACCCCUUUAUCUAAGGUUGGCAGCGCAUGUCAACAGGUAGUGUUGGAUGGAGUCCCUUAGGCGGGUAGUCGCUGCGUCUGUGUGUGGCUAUGGGAGUGAGUAUAACUCUGCGUAGUAAGUUCUUACUGCUUCCAGGAUCUUAGCCGGUAGGCAUGGUAAUGAGCCCUGUUUGUCCCGUAUUUUGUAGAUGUAAGUCAGUUGUCUUCGUUUCAUCAGCAUCCUAGCUAGUAGUUUGCCGCUCUUAUUCCUGUGUAGGGAGAAAAAAGCUUUGUGUCGGACCACGUCUCUAUGGUGUUUGGAGUGGAUCAAUGAGGUCAGGUCUCGUCUUAGUUGUAGUAGUUUGGCCUGAUGUGAUGGGUGUUGUGAGCUCUUGUUUAAUGUUUCGUGUUUGUAUAUGUCGUCUACAAUCCCGGUAAGUCUGGCUGCGUUUUGCUUUUUCAGUUCCGCUCCUUUUUGUAUAAAAUGUUCCCGUAUCACGCUCUUGUGUGCCUCCCAUCUGAUUGUCGGGGAGGUGUCAUCAGGUGUGUUGGUGUGGAAGUAGUCGGUGAGAACUUUCCCAAAGUGGUUGGUCAGUUCCUGGCGGGAUAGCAAGUAUUCAUUCAGUCUCCAUUUGGAGGUCGCGGGUCUAAGGAGGGGGGAUUUAAGGGUUAGAGAGGCGGGGGCAUGGUCCGACCAGGUAUCCACCCCUAUGUCCGCCUUCUUCACUAGGGGAAGGUGAUAUUGUGUUGUGAAAAAGUAGUCUAAGCGAGUGUAUGACUGAUGUGAGUGGGAAUAAAAAGUGUAAUCCCGUUCGUCCGGGUGAUGUGCCCUCCAGCAGUCAAUGAGUCUGUGUUUGGCCAGCAGGGAUUUGAUUGAGUUGAGCUGCUGUGUGGGGAUGUGGGAUGUGUCCGCAGAGCACUCCCAAGUCGGGUCUGUCGCGACAUUUAAGUUGCCCCCUAUCAUGAGGACCCCUUCAGCGAAGGAGUGUAGUUUGUGUAGGGCAUGUUUAAGAAAGCAGUGUUGUUUACCGUUCGGUGCAUAUAGUGUAGCGAAAGUGUAGAGGUGGUCCGCUAUUGUGCCCUUUAUAAAGAGGUAUCUGCCCUCCUUGUCAGUCAUUUGUGCUUUUUCAAGGAAUGGUACUUUUUUACUGAUCAGUAUCGCCGUGCCUCUGGAUUUCCCCCAUGAAAGUCGCUGAAAUAUCCUAAUGGGAAAUGAUGAUUGGUCAGUUUAGGUCUGUCGCCCUCUCGGAAGUGGGUCCCUUGUAUCAUUACUACUGAGUCCUUUUUUGCAUGAAAGUCCCUCAUUCCCCCGGUCCUUUUGUCCGGUUUGUUAAGCCACCUAGCGUUUAUGGAGAGAAUAGUGAGAUUGCACGGUAUAAGCGACAUCUCGGUGUCUGAGAUGUAUGAUGUCUUAUUUGCGGUGGGGUAGUCCUGCAAGCACAAUUGUAGGGAGGGUUCUGUCACAGGCGUCCGUUCAUGAGUAAGUGUCUGGUCAACCCCAUCCCCGUCUCCCAAGGUGCCCGUCGCCCAAGUGAGCCCAACCGGUGCCGGCACCCCCACCGCUGCUCCCAAUAGGUUCCUCACAAGGUGGCGGGCACUCCGGCAGCACAGGCCCAGUCAGGGCACGUACCCCCCCAGUGUGUCCCGGGAUGCCACGAAGGCCUGUUAUAAAGCAUACGUAAGGCCUGAGGUCGCCUAUGUGGGUCCGCACGGGGCGUAAUUUAAAGUGCGGGACGGGGUUUACCUCCAGCGGGGUUAGGUAGGGAGCAAUACACCUUCAGCUUUAAGAAUACCAUUUUCUCCCUUCCCCCCCACCUCCAUAUAGGUAUACAAUUUAGCCCCGUGGCUUGUGUUACAGUGCCUCUUAGUGUGGAAGGCCAUGGUCCCUCAGUCCCAAUGAGCAGGUGUCAAUACUUGCGGUUAGGCAAGGCGCCCGUGGAGCCGUCCGGUUCAGGCUGCGACCCCUGAUUGGCGUAUGGUCUGGGCCCGGGGCCUCCACUGCCUGCGGGGUUGUGGUGCCGCUGUUUGAGUCCCAAGGUUGAAGGAGUAAAAUGUAAUCGGGUCCGGCCAAGUCAUACAGAUAGGUGGUAGUUGUAGUUCGUUAGUCAGAUCUGCCAAGUGCUCCGGGCCUCUCACCAUGAAAGGGCCGUUAGGGGUGGAAGCCUGCAGUCCCGUGGGAAAGUUCCAGCAAUAGCGUAUAUUUUUGGAUUGCAGGACCCGUGUCAGGGGUUUCAAGGCUCUUCUGUAUGCCAAAGUCACUGGGGACAGGUCUGGGUAUAGUUUUAAGUGCGUGCCAUUUAGUAGGUCUUGAUCAGUGUCCCUGGCCUUGUGCAAGAUGUCUUCCUUUAACUAAAAACUGGUCCAGGUCCUCAGGUAUCCCCCUAAUUCUGAUGUUCUGACUGUGCCCCCUGUUAUCCAGGUCCUCUAUGUGUUGUGCUAUUUGGUGGAGCUGGGCCUCUUGUAACUGCAGGGUGCCUGUGUUGGCGUUCUGCGCAGAAGCCAGGUGGUCACAGUCUGUCUCUAGCUGGGAGACCUUUUGGUGUAGGCCCUGGAAUUCUUCUCGGAGGGAGUGGAGCUCUGUUGUAAUGUAGUUUCGGAGCUCUGUGUUUGCCCCCUUAAGGUCUGCUUUAGUGGGUAGUGCCCGUAUCAGAGACACCCACUCCGGCGAUCCCUCAGAGUGAGAGUGGGCAUGUGGUAUCCCCGAUUGCCGAUCUGCGCUUGGAGAGUGUGUACGCGAGGCACACGAGGUCCCAGAUUCAUUUGAGGCCUGUGAUGUCUGGUCCAUCUAGGUUAUCAGGUAUUUGUGAAGCGAGGAAGCCGGAGCCCCCUUAGGUGUGUCUGCGGGCUUACCAGCGUGUGAGGCUUGGUGGGUUUUACCAAUUUUGCAGGUUUUGGUAACGUGUGGAUGAGGAAUUGUGCAAAGCCUACGGGGAGCACACGGUUUAAGUUGCCAUGUCUCUCGGCCUUUUCAGCUCGGGUCUUCUUUUUAUUUUAUAAAUUCGAUGGGCUUUAUGGUUUGGCCUUUUUAGGGGCUGAAAAAAAGAUGAUUUUAGAAAAAGAAGACUUCAAAUGGUAAGUAUUUAUUUUUAUUUACAGGGACUUAGUUUUAUUGUCCCCCUCCACUAUUUUUAGGGUACGUAGAAUUUUUUUUUUUUUUACUUUUUGGCGGGGGUGAAUAGUGGCUUGGGGACCCUUAGUCACCCCCCCCCCCCCAGGAUUGUUUUGUGGAGGAGAGACACUAACAUUUACCCAUUUAGUCUAGUGACCCCCACUCGCAAUGAGUGCUGCUCACUGUUCAGUAGACAUGCCCCCACUCGCGGCAUAGCGAGUAGGGGCAGAUAAACUACUAAUACUAAGUCAUUUUUACUUAGUAUUAGUAAACUUGGCUGAAAGACCAGUUUUGGCCUUUUAGCCUUGUAGUAGAUAGCUCCCUGAUACCGUGGGAAUUAGGGUAGUAUUUACUAUGCGGCUGCAAGAUGGAGCCACAGCAUGAAUAGGAUCGCAAUUUCAUUCAUUCAAAUUAAAUUCCAAUCCGAACAUAAACUACCGAAUUCCAUUCUAACACGAAUGAACAAACUGUUCAUUCUGUUAGAAGGAAUUUGGUAGUUUCGCUGGCGUCCUAUAUAUAUGACAGGAUACUGGGGAAUAGUGAAAGGAGGCAUCGCGAGAUCAGGUGAGAAUUGUGGGAAAAUUUGUUUGACUGCGAGAAGUGGGUCAAAGCUGGUCAAGUGUAGGAAACUUCCAUUAGACAAAGUAGUGCCUACUUUGUCUUAUGUUUUAAAGAAAACUAGAGCAUACAGGAAGACAUGAAGAACAGAGAAGUGGAAGCGAUUGGGGAAAGGCAAGUUGGGCAUGACAGUGCCGCUUUAAGCAGCACUACCCUUACAGCUUAGUGUAGUGGUUUUGUUGCUGUCAGUCUUCAUAGGCCAUUUGGAAGCAGAUUGGCAAAUAUCUGAACUUUUCACAAGACCCAGAGAACAACUUUUCCUCAACCACAGUGAUCAUGUGGAUGUUGCACUGCUGCAUUAUCAAUGUCUGUCUUUGGUCAUAUUAGAUGACAAUAACUGAUUGAGAUGGGAUGGUUAAGUUGUCCCCAGUGUUCUCAUCUUCACUUUGAUAUUGGAUGUACAUUACAGAUUUCACUUUUACACGUUUGAGCUACACUGCUCGAAAUAAUAACACUCAUUCAUUUUCCGUUUGUAGCAUAAUUUCCUUUCUAGCUUAGAUUGUGUGUCUUCACUGUUUUUUUUUGUUUGUUUGUUUUCUUUCUUUCAUUCUUAAUCUCUUAGGCCAUACACCAGUUAGCAUUUCUUGAAGCUGUAUUCAUAAGAAAUUGCAUCUCUUGAAGCAACAUUCAUAAGAAAUUGCAUAUGAAACAGAUGUGGAAAUUAGGAAAAUAUGAAGGCAGAAAAACCCUCAGGCAAGCUCUGCAUAUCACAGGAGAACCAAAUUAUCAAAAUUUUGUUAGGAAAUAUAUUUUUUUUUCAUGAUUUGAACUUUUUAAGAAUCAACCAUUGUUCUCAAAUCAGAAAAGCUUGUGAUGUGGCAUGCAGACCUUUCUGCUUUCACAAGAUAAAGUAUGGACUGUGCAGAUAUGCUAUCACCCUAUAACAAAGACUACUUCAUUCUAUAUUUUGACGCUCUACACAUCUUUUGGUGUUUAUGUUUAAGCUAUCAUAUUUGUUUACAAAUUUUAGACAUAAUAUGAAGGAUCUAAUAUUGUCUUUCCAGAGAUUAAGAACAGAAAGGGAUUCUCUGAAGGAAACUAUUGAAGAGCUCCGAUGUGUACAAGCUCAGGAGGGACAACUCACAACAUCAGGUAAAACACUAAACUGUAUUUGUGUGGGGUUUACUCAAUGAACAUUAUUAAAAGGACACUAUAGUCACCAGAACAACUACAGCUUAUUGAAUUUGUUCUGGUGAGUAGAAUCAUACCAUUCAGGCCUUUUGCUGUAAACACUGUCUUUUCAGAGAAAAUGCAGUGUUUACAUUACAGCCUAGUGAUUACUUCAUUGGCCACUCCUCAGAUGGCUGCUAGAGCUGCUUCCUAUCUCAGUCUUGCCUAGUGUGCAUCACAACAUAACAGUAUCUCCUCCCUCUGCAUGCAGACACUGAACUUUCCUCAUAGCGAUUCAUUGAUUUAAUUUAUCUCUAUGGGAAGAUGCUGAUUGGCCAGGGCUGUGUUUGACUUGUGUUGGCUCUGCCCCUGAUCAGCCUCCUUCACAGUCUCAGCCAAUCCUAUGGGGAAGCAUUGUGAUUGGCGCAGAACAACACUUCUGAUGAUGUCAGCACACAGCUUGCUAUUCUGAAUACAAGUAAGAAUUUACUAUAUUUAGGCAGGCAAGAGAGGGCCAUGGGGGCUAGAUGGUGGUUUUAACACUAUAGGGUCAGAUAUAUAUAUUUGUGUUCCUGACCCUAUAGUGCUCCUUUAAGCCAAAUGUUGUGACUUUCUAAUACUCACAACUGGCUCCUUCAGAUAAAUAUAAGAUGGAUAUAACUGCGGGGUCUUCUUGAGUAUUAGCUAUAACGCAUUACACAUUUUAAAAAGCAGGCAAAAGUUUGCAUCAGAAGUGUGUCACUGACCACUUAACUGCUCCGACACGAGGUCAGUUGCCAUGUUAGGAGACUGCUGCAACAGUAGUAUCAUUGUAAUUAUGUUAAUGCCCAGAAUCUCUGAAAAGGGAAUGUGCACCAUGAUGAUAACAUUCACCAGUCCAAAGGGGGAAGACAACAGGGUUUUGAGGAGUAUUGUCAUAUGUUGCUGAAAUGCCUUCAGAUAUAUUUCCAUAUUGCAAGCACUGGCAGGGUCCUGAGCAUUUUGGCUAUUAUUUCAUCAUAUAUAUAUGACAGGAUGCUGGGCACCAGUGAGAACAUUCACUGGUCUCUCCUCAAAGUUUUUAUUCCAGACAGGUGUCAAAUAGGCAUGGUUUGAAAAUAUUCUAAAAUAAGAAGCACCAGCACGGAUAACGGAUAGUGCAUCCAUGUGUCAUAACUGUUAGGCCUUUCACCCGGAAGCCAUUUUUUUCUUAAAUAUAUUUUUCACUUUAAUCUGCAGUAUGUUCUGGUGAAGUGAUAUGUGUCAUUCUGCACAAAUAUUACAGAACUGAAAUGAGGGACACACUCACUUGUAAUGUUAUUGCUUUCAGAAAUAUUUCAAGAUAAAGACCAAAUAAUAAAGUUUUGUAUGUGUGCUUGGGUUUCAUUUUUUCUUUUUUUUAUGAACUACAAACAUCAGUCUAUGAAAAGCAAAAUUCUCGUAUUUUUAUCAAAAUGGGGAAAAAACAUUAUCUACAAGAUUAUUUGACUUACAAUUAUUUUAUUGUGGCAAUGGAACCUUUUGACCUCCACAUGUAAAAGUCCAAGCUCCAAAUUAAACCAGUGUGGCUUCUAAUUCAUGUUCUUUGUUUUGUGUUUGAUAUCUUUACUGUCCAGAUUUGUCUGUUUAAUGAAAACGUUUAGCACUGGGGAAAGUUCUGUGGACAGGAGAAAAGCCCUGAAACAGUUUUACAAAAACUGAUUUUUAAUGGAUGUUGGGUAAAUGCCAUAUUGAAAAGACAACACCAAUAAUGCCACCAGUCUGCAGUAUUAAAAAACACCUGUCAUGCUCCAAACAAUUUAUGUUCGUUAGAUUGAGCAUAGGAUUUUAUCUCUACAUUGUGCUAGCAGUUUUUCUAGCAAAUGUAUAUAUUAGGGAAAAAAACGGUUUAAAAAUAGUUUUCUCCCAGCUGUCAGUCAAUGCCUUGGCGUGCUGACAAGGGAGAGCAGAAAAGACCUUUCAUCUCCACCCAUAGCACAUACCACAGCAGGGCUUCUUGUACUGGUUUGGGAGUGUAGGAACGGAGUGACGUGACGUCACUCUGUGCCAACACUGGCAGGGAAGCCAGCGUGCCAACAUCACUGAUGAGAUUUGCCCUGAUUGGGAUGUGUGCCAAGCAGAGUAAAUCAAUGAAGACUUCAGGAGGAGAGCAGGUGUAGCCGAGGAUGGCCAAGAGUUAGGUUUUUGGAUGAAAAGUAACUCUCAUGAAGCAGCGCUGGAAGAUUCUUUAUAUUUUACUUUGCAUACACCAUGUACCUUUGUGAUACAUGGUGUAUUCAAUGUGUUAGGGAGCAAUUUCAGGUAAGUUUGUUUUUCUUCAUAACAGGUUAAUUUUAACUUGAAUUAUUGCAUUUACCUUUUUAUUUUUUUGGUUCACACAGGGUUACUGCCAUUGAGUAGCCAAGAACCUUCUGACAGCUUAGCCGCAGAAAUUGUUACCCCUGAAAUAAAGUAAGUAGUUUUUUGGGGGGAAGGGUUGCCAAUAUAUUCUAUUAUUCUAUAUUACAUUUGGUUGCUUUGCAUCAGCUGAUGUUUUUAAUGAUAAAUCUAGCAGAUUGACCAAAGUAGCAGUUCAGAGAAAAACAUUUGGAAAUUCUUUAAUUUAUCUGACAUAAAUGAGUUCAAAAUUCUUUGACUUUUUGCCCUGCCUUCCCUUUUACAUGUACAUUUUUUGCAAUAUACCUUUCUAUGCUGGUAAUGUAGAGGUCUAUGGCAACAUUCAAUUGAGAGGGAGAUUCUCUCAAUCCUUCUGUAGGGGAUUCUCCUUCUUUGUCACAGUGAUAUUCACCCAGCUACUGUUUCUCACACUUGCAGAGGGAGUAUAGGACACCCUUGACAGUGAAGUCAGCAUGGCUGUGUCAUCUGAUAUGAUAGUCCUGCAUGCGGAGUAUCAAAAAAAAGGGAUAAUCUCUGUGCAGAGAGAGCAUGACCAAGAAGGGCCAGUGUGUGUAUGUUGUCGUAGGGAAACCCUGAAGGAACCUCUGCCAAUGGCAUCACAGAAUCAUUGAUUAGUUAUUUAUUUUUUGCUUUGAGAGCCAUUAUAAUUUAGUUAAAUCUGUCAUUUAAGGUUUUCUUUAAGUAGGUUUCUAUUUUAAAGUUGUAUCUGAAAAUAUUUUAAACUGUGGCUUUUUGCCUCAUUCUCUGGAUGCCAUGAUCUUAAUAUGGAAGUAACAUAUCUCAUUUCUUGACUUAAUGGAAAACUGUAGUGUCAGAAAUACAAGCAUAUAUUCCUGACUCUAUAGUUUUGAAACCACCAUUUAGGUUACCACCGCACCGCCCGCCCACCCAUGUCCCUUGUUAAAAACAUGUAAAACCCACUUUUUUCCAGUGCAGGUUUGCCCUUACCCCGCCACCUUAGCUGUGAUAAUUAAAAUCCUAUGGGAAAGCAUUGGGAAGCUAUUGCGCAUGCAUGGCAAAACCACAUUGUGCAGCAUUGACCCAGGAAGCACCUCUAGUAACUGUAUGAGUGACUGCCACUAGAGGUGUGCCAGACAGGAGAAAAAAGCCCGCAGGGACAGGCAGUAGGCAGCAGAACAACUUCAUUAUGCUGUUGUUGUUCUGGUGACUAUAGUGUCCCUUUAACUGUUAAAAUAGCUAUGUUCUCUUAUACCUUGUAUAACAUAAAUUUAAUUUGGAAAUGUAAAGCUAUUCAAUGAUGUUUAUAGGUUGUGUUUUUAUUCCCCCUUUAGGGAGAAACUUAUCCGUCUUCAACAUGAAAAUAAGAUGUUAAAAAUUAAUCAAGAAGGAUCAGAUAAUGAAAAAAUAUCACUUUUACAAAGUUUACUAGACGAUGCAAACAUGCGCAAAAAUGAGUUGGAGACAGAGAACCGGUAUUUUACCUUUAAGAGAUUAUUUUAAAUUCUCAUAACCCAGUAUACUUUUUAACCAUUGUUGCUUGAAGGCGUGACAGAUAAUCCACUGUAUUAUUUUUUUUAUUUUUUUUGUAGACUGGUAAACCAGAGGCUAUUGGAAGUCCAGUCUCAAGUAGAAGAACUUCAGAAAUCCUUACAAGAACAAGGCGCAAAAGCUGAGGAUGUAAAUAAUCUAAUACAUUUUUGCAUUACACAGAUUUAUUUUCCCAAAUGAGAUGUGGGGAUACAAUGGCAUACAUCUCCCCUUUCCCUUUAGAGGAAGGAUCUAUAGGUGAAGGGAAAAUGCAUUAUUGCAUUGUAUUACAUUAUUAUUUGUGCAUUAUUAGAUAUUUUGCAUUUGUGCUCCUUAACAGCUUUGCCUUUGGUUUCAUUUACUUAAAUCUGGUACUCGUGACAACCCCCUCUUUGCAAUACUAAUUUAACAAAAGUACCCUGUCCUGUACAUACUCUUCCAUUGGUCCUUAACAUAGAUGAGUCAGAUUUAAAAAAAAAAAUAAUAAAAAAAUUGUAGUAAAAUAUUUACUUAGAGGUGCCCAGGCAAGAUAUUAGAGAGAAAUAAAUCUGUAAAGUAUCCCCUAAAAUUAUAACUGCAAAACAGAUCAUUAGAAAAUUUCAAUAGUUAAACAGAAUUUUUUAUUUUUUUUAUUUUUUAAUUAGUGCUAUAAAAUGUAAAAGAAAACACAAUACAUAUAAUCGUACAGGCUGAAGUUACUGCUGGUGUCUGCCAAGUAAUAAAAAAAUUAGCCGAAGCUCAUUAAGGCUUUGUUUAAAAGCCAUAUAUUACUAAUUUGGAAAGCUUUACUUUGCCUUAUACCUCUGGACUUUCUGUGAGCCUCUUACAAUAACAGAAAUAUAAAACACAUUUUAGGGUUAUGUGGUUUUUUUUUUAAUAUGGAAUCAGUAGAGCAUAGAUGAGGUUUAAUACUUCAUUGAUUUAAAUUAUGGAUCAGCAAAUCUUUAAUACUUCCUGAAAGUGAUACGCCUUUAGAGCCAGAAUUAAAGGGUCGAGAUAGGUGGAAUUACCAACAAGAUAAAGGUAAAUAAUAUUGACACAAAACAUCCGUCUAUGCACAAUUUUUUUCUCCUCUUUUUAUCACAGUGGGAAAAAAAUCUUCUUGAUUAUUAAUUUUCUACUGGCAAUGUCAAGUAGAUUUGAUGCCAAGAUUCUUUGAUGGUAUAACAUUUUGCUCUUACAUGGUCAUUCCUGCUUCUGUUUUGUUGCUUAUGUUUGUGGCAAGAAAUAUUAAUUUAUAGAUCUAUACCCCGGUUUAUCCAUACAAUAUAAUUGUUCUGUUUGAGCAUCUCUUCUUGCUGUUUGGUUACGGGCUCCUGCUUCCAGGCCAAGUGAGCCAGGCUUACAGAAGCCCAAACUCAUAAACAAUCAUAUGACUUUGAUGCCAAAGCUUGGUUUAACAACCCUUGCUGUUUCUGACAUGGCUGUGCAUCUUUCUUUCUGAAGUCUACCCCAUAGCUUGUUGAAUUAAACAUUUUUCAACAUACUGUUAGAAGAAAGCAAAACACCCUUGUUCAUUUCUUCAUGUUCUUUAAUGCUUAUUUUGUGACCUUUUCAUGCCUUUGUUAACCCGGUUUCCUUUUUCUUGCUCUUUUUACUAAUGCUUCUGUUUGUUGGCUUGGUUUUGCAAGGCCAUUGUGAGUAUAGUUUAAUUGCCUUUUGUUUUUUCGUUGUGUGUUUUUUUUUGUUUUGUUUUUUAAAUAUAUUACUUUCUUUCUACUAUGCCAUAAUUUAACCUAUUUUGUUUAAUAGGGAACUGUCACUUCCCAGGAUUUUUAAUAUUGUGUUUACUUAUCCCUAUAAUUAAAAACCAUGCAUUUGUGAUGUGUAAAAAUUAAAUAUAAAUGUAGAAAUCCACACCUCUAUAUCCUGCAACUGAGCUUCUCUCGAGACUAGGUUCUCGGUCACGCCACCCCACUGUUUGCCUUAAAAAUUGAGAUGAAGUGUUCUGAGUGACUGUAGUAUUCCCUUUUAAUAUAAACUUAAAAGCAUUUCGUGAAAUUUUUUUACCAUAAGUGAUUUUCAAUGUUUUUGUACAACGGUAUAAAUUUAUAAAGAAGUGACCAUUCCCUCUUUAACACGUGCAGAAGUCCAAUCGGAGAUGGUGCUUCAAAACAUACUGUAGUAUCUUUAUACAGUGAAGACAUUAUGUAUCAUGCAGUAGAUUUUUAAUAUGAUAGUUGUAAUAAAUAACAGAUUGAUUGGUCAUCAGUCGCUGUUAGUAUGGUAUUGCAAAAUGGCACAUUAUAAUAAAAGAAAUCUUACUUGUAUAACGCCAACUUUUCUGCAGAUCUUUAGCGUUUUACAGUAGGGUUUUAGAGACAAAUGACAGAAGGCAUAUGAGGUCCUGCCCAAAUGCACAUAUGUAGAAAUAUGGUCCUGUUUGAGUGCACCAUGCAUCAAAAUACACUUUACACUGCACUUGUUUUUUGUUUGUUUGUUUUUUUAGCAUUUUAACAGUUGUUAGAAGGAAAUCAUUACAUUUUGUAAGGAAUAAUUUCUGUUCCUCUCCUGAAGCUAGAUGGAAUUUCCAAAAUGAAUUUAAAGCAGAUUGUAAGGUUUAGAUUCACUGUGUUCAAUUUUUGUAUGCUCAAUUGUGUAUGAAGAUCAUACUUUUUUUUUCCUUUCUUUCCUAUGUAGUCAAUUCUUUUGAAGAAGAAGCUUGAAGAACAUCUGUGAGUACUGUUUAUUUUAGAUGGACUUUUCAGAAUUUUGUUUUUGCCCUGUUAACCAAAGUUAAAGCAUACCAUGGGCACUAAAAUUACUUUAGCUUAAAGUGGCACUGUUAACCCUCAGAAAAAUUUGAUAGCAUCUUUCUCAAAUAUUCAAAUUUAUUGUGUUGGAAUUUCACUGAAAUUCCAACCCAGUCAGGAGAUAUACUGAGACAAAGUAGUUCCUACUUUGUUUCAGUAUUUUUCCUACGCAUGACACUUCUAGACACUUGCCGGAUCUACCACAGUCUAGAAGUGUCAGUCCCUUCACCCGUCACCAGUGACUGCUGCAGGGAAUUAGCAUUACCUAUGGAGGCUUCAGUGGUCUUGCAAGACCCUCCAUAGACAUCCAUGCUCUACUCUCGUGAAUGUGCGAGACUACAGCAGUGACGUUAACUCCUGGCACUAAAGAGCCAGGAGCUAAAGGGGACAUGCCAGAAGAAGAUUGCGGUGCCUGCAAGGGACAGGUUCAGAUAUUUUCCAUACCCCUCCAGUUCACAGCUCAAGUCUCUGUCAUUUAGGAGUUAAAUCACUCGUAUUUUUGUUCAUGCAGCCCUAGCCACACUUCCCCUGGAUGUGACUGACACAGUCUGCAUUAAAAAAUGUUAAAUUUUCAGUCAAAUGUUAACUUGCUUUAGAAGCUUUUAGCUCCUGCUCUGUGAAUUGAACUUGAAUCACACACAGGAGACUUCUGCAGGGUCUAUUAACAGAGCAGGAGAUAAGAAAUGAUAAAUUAGACACAAUGUGCAGUAAAGGAAAUUUAAACAUUUGAUCUCUCUUUACAGGAAGUGUUUAGAAAGACUGUGCAAGUCACAUGCAGGGAGUUGUGACUAGAGCUACAUAAACAAAGUGAUUUAUCUCCUAAAUGGCAGAUAAUUGAACAAUACCACAGAAUUUGUAAAUAAAUUUAAAAAAAAUUGUUUGUUUUGUUCAGCAAUAUUUUUCUUGGCAAUUGUUUUUGUUAACAUUGCACUCUUUCAGUGUUGUUUUCAUUGUAAUCAUGGUAUUCUUGUUAACAUAACUGUUAUAUGUUUGUCUUUGCAAACAGGGAAAAGCUUCAUGAAGCCAACAAUGAACUACAGAAAAAACGUGCAAUUAUUGAAGAUCUGGAACCGAGAUAUAACAAUAGCUGUAUGUUUAUUUCACUUUCACAUCGUUUACUGUUAAUAUGCACACAAAAUAGUUACAUUAAGGAUGAGAACUAAGUAAACCACUUGAAAAAUAUAAAAUAAGAAAAUAAAACCUCUUAAACGUCUAUUUGUGUAUAUAUUUUAUGGGUGCACAGAAAAGGUCCUCUUGUGCAAAAUCCAAGAAACUGAUAAAUAGAUGUUCUUUCCCAACCAAUUGGUGAUCCAGAAAUGAUCCAAGAGUCUUCUAUCAUUAUGACCUUAUUACCAGUACUUGUAACACUUGACACUUGUACUACCUGGAUAAAGCUACAAGUUAUGAGCUUGAAACAACAGGUUGACCUCUACAUACUUGUUCCCCAGAGUCCACUGAUGUUAAAUACAUGUGUAGUGAAUUGAAAAUGUAGGAAUGAUGCAGGUAUGUCUUAUCUCAUGUAGAGACUAGUUCCUCAAGCAGCUAACACACAUUGGCCAAAAGCAGUAAUCUUCUACUAACACUUUGACAUGUAGCAUAUUCUGUAUCCGGUUUUAUAUUAUUAUUUUUUUUAUAAUGCAAAGGUGCUAUUUGUAUGUCCCUGAGAUUCUUAAAGUAUCAUUGUCACUUGUGGAGCAUUUUUUGCAAAUCCCUCCGAAGAAGUAAUGUCAAUAAUUAAGGUGGCUUAUUUCCUUUACUCUGUGACAACUGAUAGUAACAAGCGUGCAUAAUAAACAAUAGAUGCCGGUGGCAUCUCACUGAGCAAAUGCAAAAUCCUAAGGUUUAACAAUAGGAGAUCUAUGUACAGUCUUGAUGUGUACAUGCAACAAGAUAUUUAUUUACAUUGAUAUUACACUUUUUUUGUUUUUAAAAGAUUUUUUUUUUUUUAUUAAAUCCAUGAGCCCAUUUGUAAGGUUUUCAGAAUGAUUUUAUUUUUCCGAAUAACACAGAAGUUAAACUGCCACUACCCAGUUAACAAUAUAUUUUUUGGAUGCUCUGAGAUGCCUUAAAUUAAAAUAAAGAAUUUACUUAUCCUCUUUAGCUAUUAUUUGAGUCUAUCACUAAUUAACUCCUUCAUUCUUUAAUUUAUCGAAGUGAUUGUUUUGAAUAACACAAAGUGUGUGUAAAAUGUUUACCUAACAGCAAGUGUUCUUUGUUAAAUACCACUAGCUUCUUAAUGUUAACUGUGCGAUUAAAAACAACUUGCUUGCUGUUUUGAACAACUUUUGUGAGAGUAAUGUUGGUGUUUUUCUUCUUUCGUAAUCAAGCACUGAAAAUUGAAGAAUUGCAAGAUGCUUUGCGUAGGAAAGAUGAUGAUAUGAAACACAUGGAAGAGCGCUACAAAAGAUAUCUAGAAAAAGCAAAAAGUGUAAGUUAUGUUUUUUUAGAAAGGUAAUACAUUAAAUAGGGCAGGGUGUUGGCCUCAAUAAAAAAGGGUGCCCUAUUUAAACACUGAGCUGCUCAUUUUUUAUUUUCCUUGGCUUCAUUAAAAACUGUAUUGUCUUCAGGUACUUGACCCUUGGCUUAUCAUUCUGACCCUUUACUUCCUAGAUUUAGUAACGUGGACUGUGUGACUACACUACCUGGAUUGUCAUUGCUUUGUUUGCCUUGGACUUUCUUUUUGUGUAUUAUUCUCAGCAAUUUACUGCUUUUUUGGUUCCCACCUGCUACACCCCCUGACAAAUGAAACCCGUAAAUACCAAUCCUUUAUUUACGUCUUAUGGACCCAGAGACUCUAUUAACUCUAACGCCUGGCUUUCAGUAGGCUAAUAGCCACUGCAAUAUGGCUUCUAUCUGCUGAUUUCUCAGUUCCCCUCAUCAGAUCAUAGAAACAAGAAAAUCGGGGGGAUGGGUCUGCGCCAAUGUGUACAGUAAAUAAUAGUAUAGAGUCCAAUAGGAUCUGUAUUGUCGUUUCCAAGGUUCUACUUUUAACGAUAUCCAGAAGGUGUCGGUGGCGUGAAGAGUAAUCCAAAUGUAUGAAAAUAGAAGAGACCUUACUUACAAUUUGCAGAGCUUAAUCCAGCUCUGGUGUGAAUGGCUUACAGCGGUGUUAUCCCCGCUUGCAGGAUAUGCGGCAAGUGUCUUCUUCUUUGCGAUAACGGGUAUCCAGGUUGGAAGAUAUAAAAUGGAGACAGUAAUAGUGCAGUAUGUUCCACACGUAUGAUAAAAGUUAUAAAAUAUAAUAGAUACACUCACAUUCGGUAGAGCUUUGACUAGCUCUAGUUGGUUAGGCGUACAGCGUUAUCAUCCCCGCUUGUAGGAUAUAGGGUGAGUGAUCUUGACGAAAAUAUCAGGAGCUCGGAGAGAAGAUAAAACAGCGAUAGUGCUCUCAAUAAAAUUUGGAUAAUAGAACGAAAUAAUAAAAUAUACUCACAAUAUAUAGGGCAGGCUGACUGCUCUAUGUAACAGCGUAGGUGGUAUAAUCCCCACCUGUGAUUCUUUGGAGUAUAGUAUGCAGGAGUUAAAAAUAAUAAAAGAAUAUAAUAGUAUAAAAUGUAUAUAAAACGUAUAUAAAAGGCCAGGUAAUAAAAAAAAAGGAGAAAAGAUGAUGGUUUAAACGUAAAAAUGACCAAAAUCUUUUUAUUAACAAUGUAUAAAACAGUAAAAAGUAUCCAAACUCGUUUCGCCAGUAUGAGGCUUUAUCAAUGAAUAGCAAAACAACAAGAUUAAAGGGACACUGUAGGCACCCAGACCACUUCAGCUCAUUGAAGUGGUCUGGGUGCAGUGCCCCUAUCCCCUUAACCUUGCAUUUGUAAUGAUUGCAGUUUUUGAGAAACUGCUAAAAAAAAAAUGCUAUCCAUUGAUAAAGCCUUAUACUGGCGAAACGCGUUUGGAUACUUUUUACUGUUUUAUACAUUGUUAAUAAAAAGAUUUUGGUCAUUUUUACGUUUAAACCAUCAUCUUUUCUCCUUUUUUUAUUACCUGGCCUUUUAUAUACGUUUUAUAUACAUUUUAUACUAUUAUAUUCUUUUAUUAUUUUUAACUCCUGCAUACUAUACUCCAAAGAAUCCCAGGUGGGGAUUAUACCACCUACGCUGUUACAUAGAGCAGUCAGCCUGCCCUAUAUAUUGUGAGUAUAUUUAUCCCUGCAAGCGGGGAUAACACCGCUGUAAGCCAUUCACACGAGAGCUGGAUUAAGCUCUGCAAAUUGUAAGUAAGAUCUCUUCUAUUUUCAUACAUUUGGAUUACUCUUCACGCCACCGACACCUUCUGGAUAUCGUUAAAAGUAGAACCUUGGAAACGACAAUACAGGUCCUAUUGGACUCUAUACUAUUAUUUACUGUACACAUUGGCGCAGACCCAUCCCCCCUAUUUUCUUGUUUCUACUAUUUGAUUUGCAGGGACAUUAGAGGGAGUCCUUGUUUCGGACUGCUGCCUUCCUGAUUAGCGCUGACUCUACCCCCUGUUCUGUUACCCCUCAUCAGAUCAUCUGAGUGGAACUGCUUCUUGGGCCUGAAAUGUAUAUUAUUUACUAAAGGUUAUUUACCUCUGAAUGUUUGCUGGUUUCUCUUGUGCACUGAUCUUCUUUCUGGCCUGUCUUUUGAAACAAAAAACUCUCCCAUAUCUAUUAGCUACUCCCUGACAUACAUUUGCUUUUAUUGGGAGAAUUAUUGAACUUAAUCUUCGUACAGUUCAUAGUGAAGUAUGUUGGCUAAAAAUAUACCUUUGCAUUUUGUUCUUUCUUUAUAGGUUAUUCGCACAUUGGAUCCAAAGCAGAAUCAAGGGACGGGCCCAGAGAUACAAGCUUUAAAGAGCCAACUGCAGGAAAGGGAUAAGAUGUUCAUUUCUUUAGAGGUAAGGAUAACUUUUAGAAAUAACAUUGGCCCAAACCACAAUUUUUGUUUUAUGAUUUCUACAGCCCAUGGCUUGUUGUAACUGUGUUCACAUCUGAACCUGAACCUUAUUGCAAAAACUUUUAUUCACUAAAUGUGCAAUCAUCCCAAAACCUGGCAUGUCUUAGUUUAUGUAUCUUCAUAUUCCCUUUACUUUUAUAUUCCAGUACAAAUGGGUCCUGCUGUCGGGACAGACUCUAUUAAAUCAGGGCCCUUGAUAAUUGGUAUAAAAUAAUAUAUGCAACUGGAGUUCAUAGAACCACUUUCAAUAUAUUUUAUGGAAGUUGCCUUACCCAUCCAAACCGCUGAGCGGGACCUCAUGUCCUAUUCCUGCAAUGACAUAAGAAAAUGUAUGCCUCACUUCCCCAACAGAAACGUUAAAGGGAUACCUCAACCAACUUUAAUGAAUAGAACAUAGUAAAUAUGGAAACCUGCCUCUCUUUAGCUAGGUCUAAUUUUGAUGUUGCAUGUAUAAAUCAGAAAAUCACAUCUCUUAACAAGAAAAUGAAAUUUGGUAUUGUUGUAUACCUUUUGUAGAAAGAAUUUGAGAAAACAAAGACACAAAGAGACCAAGAAGAGAAAUUGAUUGUUAGCGCUUGGUACAAUAUGGUAAGAUCUAUUAAAAAAAGAAAUCUUUUUAUAUAAGGUACGCAGGAUAAUAUUAAAAAUUAUAGUACAGUAGAGCUUUGACCCAUCUUUCUUCAUUGCAAUCCCUCACCUGCGUUGCCUAACCACUAGGAAGUGCAUCUAGUUGCUAACUGAUUGACAGCUACUAGAGGCAAUCUUAACCCAGCAAGGUAAAUUUAGCAGUUUCUCAAAAACUGCAAUCAUUACAAAUGCAAGGUUAAGGGGAUAGGGGCACUGCACCCAGACCACUUCAAUGAGCUGAAGUGGUCUGGGUGCCUACAUUGUCCUUUUAAUCUUGUUGUUAAAUUAAGACGUCUGUAAGGCCAUCUUUAUGUGUGCUUUAGAAAAUCUAAAAAUCUGAGAAUUUCAAAGGGGGAAAAAAGCACAGCUAAUGUUGAAAUAUUCGUUUAUUUCUUAAACCUUCUUUAAGUAGAUUUCCUUUCUUAUUUCUACAUAGCAUACAUAUGAUCAUACUCUUUUUCUUUCUUUUUUUUUUUUUUUAAUGAUUAAUGAAUAGUUUUAAGGUAUUUGCUUCCACAAUUAAACAAAUGAACAAUAGAGCAUUUGCUUAAAAGGCAUGGAAUCAUAAUCCUUUUUUGUUUUAUGUUGUUGCUGUGUUUUUUAAAUUUUUCUAUUUAAUUAACUUUUUUACUUGUUUAUCUGUAGGGUAUGGCAUUGCAUAAAAAGGCUGCAGAAGACAGACUUGCAAAUACAGGCUCUGGACAGUCAUUCCUGGCCAGGCAAAGACAAGCAACAAGCACGCGGAGGUCUUACCCAGGUCACGUCCAGCCAGCCACAGCGAGGUAGAAGAGUCUUGUGCAAGGGAAUCUACAACAUAACCUUGUGUUGCACAUGACAGCAUUUCAGGAAAUGUAACCAAUGUGCUUUUAUUUGUUUGAUCUGUUUUUUUAAUACAGAUUUUGUUUGUCUUUUCUAUACCUUUUACAUGUCCAAUUUUUAAUGUGCCAAAAAUAUCCUAUGCACCCUCACAAGGAUAUAUCAUUUUUUUUUUUUUUUUUUUUAAUGCUAAACUUUUAAGUCCUUCAUUUGAAAUGUAAAAAAACUUUUUUUUUUACCAAAAUCUGGGGAUGAAAAAAGAAAUUAACUGGUCACAAUACUGCGUUGUAUGAAAGGAAUGUGCUAGAAUGUGUUACACCAACACAUAAAGGGGUGUAGUACAUAUAUUUGUAGUCUGGAUAAACCUCAAAACUGUCUCAGCACUAGGUCAGCCAAGAAUUGCUGUUAAGUAAUGACAUCUGCGUCAACUUGGUUUCUACAUAAAUGCAAGCAUGUGAUUGAUUACCUUCUGUCAGUUUGUAUGUUGUGAAAGCACGGCUCCGAUGGAUCUAGACAUAAAUAAUGAAAUUGAAAUGGACUUUCAGGAAUAUGUACAUAAACAGGGAUUCAAAUGAAGAUCCUCUCUGUACAUUGGUGAUAUUUGGUAGAGCUGUUGGUGUGUUGAUGCAGCCGACGUGAUAAGGACAUAUUGACCACUCACAGCAGGCAGAGAACUACAGCAAAGUGCCUCUUUUUGCUGCGUAUUCUGUUAACGUAAUUAUGGCUUGUAUUGUGGAGAAGCAAAAAACUUUUUUUUUUUUUAAAAGAAAUUGUGACUCAGGUUGGUUUGUCAACAUGCUCAUGUGAUUCCUUAAAAGAAUAUUUGAUUGCUCCUAAAAUAAAAGGCAGUGGGCAGGGAUAGCUGCCUUGCCAUGCAGUGAUUUUAUUUUUACCAUAUUUUCUUUCUUUUGGUCACACAAAGUGAAUGUAGAACUGUUGCAUUAUAAAUGUUUUUAAAUGUAGUCUGUCAAGUGCAAAUGAAUGAUGACGUAGCACUUUAAAAUGCUUGUUUUGUUUUUUUAUACAUGGAUAUCUGUAUGUCAAGGUGUUUUUCACUUGUUACUUCGUACAGGGGAUUAGGUGACGUUAAGAGUUGGACAGGGUAGUGAAAUGUAUCAAUGAGCAUUGUGUCAAAAUAUAUAACGCAAGAGGGUUUUUGGUUUUCAGUCAAUUUCACAAUUCCAAGCACUAGCAAAUGUUGUUUACCACAGAAGGUAUAUCUCAACUAUACAUUUUAACUGGUAAUUGAUUAUAACUUUUUUCCCCUUUAACUUUUGAAUAAAGCCUCUCCGUGUUCUAGGUUUUUGAUUUACAAAUCCUAUUUUUUUUUUUUUUUUUUAUCUGGAACUUUAACUCAUAAAACUGUAAUGGAGCAACUGAACAAAAUGUCAUGCAGCAAAUGCAUAGUUUGCAUGUUUUAUGUAUUUAUUUUCAUGUUUUUAACCUGGUGCUGUUGGCUUUCAUGCUAUGACUGCUGAGGAAGCCAUUUUAAUUCACCGUGUGUCCAAAUGGUGGGUACUGCAUCGCACCGAUUAAUUUUGAAUUAAUUUUUAUUUUUUUAUACCUUCAUUGACUCUAAUAUUGUUAUCCCUACUUUUGAUUACAAGUUUAUUUUAAAGUUGUCAAAUAUGUUUUGAGAAAUUGAUCAUUUAAAUAAAUGUCACUAAAAUCUGUGGACCUAUCUUAAAUCUACAAACCUCAAUGGAGCUACGAUAGCCUUGCCAUAUAUAUAUAUAUAUAUAUAUAUAUAUAUAUGUGUGUGUGUGUGUAAUAUAGUGUAGAUUGGAUUAGCGAUAUUUCAGUAGAUCUAAAUUUUUGAUAUAUAUAUAUAUAUAUAAAGUUCCAAUUGCUUGCACUCCUGGAUUAAUAGUAAAAAGCCCGGUGCUUAACAGCCAAAUAAUAAAAAUAAAGUAAUGAUAGCACUCCAAGGACUUUGAAAAUAUUGUGAAAAAACUUAGCUUUUAUUCAGGCAUCUGCCACAGAAGAUCAACGUUUCAGUUCUCUAAGGAACUUACGAAAGUUCCUUAGAGAACUGAAACGUUGAUCUUCUGUGGUAGAUGCCUGAAUAAAAGCUAAUUUUUUUUCACAAUAUUUUCAAAGUCCUUGGAGUGCUAUCAUUACUUUAUUUAUAUAUAUAUAUAUAUUUAUUUAUUUGCAAUGCGGUCUUCCUGAAAUAGCGUUUUGCUCUUAUUCUACACAAAGGGAUAAAACCAGACCAAUUUGGUCUUCCUAUAUAAAAAUCUAAAUCUGUAAUUUGAAGGGAAACAAUGGUAACAAGUGUUACUUUGCUUAUGUACAUAAAUUAUUUAAGGCCAUGUGGCACGAAUGUUAUAAAAUGUUAAUUUACUAAAAAUCUUAAUUCACCUUUAGUUAUUGCUUCCCUUUAGCCAGUGGAGGUUACUUCUCCUGCUCUGCUUACACAGGUUUGCACUCAUUAAAAGUAACUGUUGGUUUUCUGAAGAAAAAUCUGCAUAAACCUGUAUGAUAUAAUCAAUACUGCUAAUUACAGAAUAUUAUUAAAUUAUACCCAAAGCCAGGGGGACAUACAUAGAUGACAAUUUGGCCUUAUAUUGUAUCUUGUGCUAGAAAGGUCUUUUCUAUUGUCAACUAAUUUAGAGACUUUCACCAAUUUUGACUUGACUGGUAUGAUAUUUUUAUUUAAUGGAUCACUAAAGGGUGAAGAACACAAACAUGUAUUCCUGACCCUAUAGUGCUAAACCCACCAUAUAGGUGGCUUGCCCCCCCUUAACCGCCCUAUAAAAGUAUAAAACUCACCUUAUUUCCAGCGCUGUGCAGGUCUGCUGGUGCUGGCUCCGCCACCUUUGUGACAUCAUCAAAAUGGCUGGUUUUUAGCCAAUCCAAUGCUUUCCCAUAGGGAAAAGCAUUGGAUUGGCUCAAAUCGCCACAGGGGUGGGGCAAAAUGCUUUUUUGGCCAGUCAGGACAUCCUCAUAGAGAUGCAUUGAAUCAAUGCAUCUCUAUAAGGGAAAAUUCAGCGCCUCUAUGCAGAGCGUGGGGAUGCCAAACGGCAGGGCUGCUUACUGUGCAGCCCUUAGCCAGGAAACCCCUCAAGUGGCCAUCUAAAGAGUGUCCACUUGGAGGUGUCCCUAGAGGCAAUGUAAACACUGCCUUUUCUCUGAAGAUGCCUGAAGGGAGCUAUUAUACUCACCAGAACAACUACAUUAAGCUGUAGUUGUUCUGGUGACAAUAGUGUCCUGUUAAGACCCAUGGAAAAAGGGGCUAAGGUCAACUGUAUGCGUGGAGUGGCUGAAGGUAGAUGUUGCUGUGUUCUGUAAGGACUACCAAUAAUCUAGUUUAAUAGAGCCUGACCAUUAUUUUUUGUUCACUAUGAAUUGGCUGCAAUCCUACUACUCAAAUUCCACUUUCAGCUUAAACUUGAGUGCUCUAAAGGAUUUUAGAUUUUAUCAAACUGUUGCUCUAAAUAAACCAGUUCCUUCUUUUCACCUGCAUUGCUCCAGAUGCAGAUACUGCCAUUGAUGCCAAAUGGAUUCAUACUAUAGAAACACCUAUUGCUCUUGGUAAACAGACUGAACCCCCUUGUUGCAUUUGUAUUAACCACUUGUAGGUAGAAUUAAUGUUUACGAUCAACUUGAUAUGAAUUAAAGGACACUGCUAACUCAAUCACUAACAUUUUAACAGAGUGAAUGCUGAAAACUGCACGCUUGCCUACUGCUUACAGUUGUUGCUUAAAACAUACAAGUUUUGCACUGAUCAUAAAUAGUGUAAUGUGUUGUGAAACAUAUUCUGCUCAACAACAUGGGUUGGUGUUUGUUGUAGUAGCAUGCAAUACGGGGAAAGUGUGGGCUUGUAGAUGUUAUUGCAUAAUUUAGAAGAACAUUGAUAUGAUCACUUAAACCAGUUUUGUUCCACCACCAAUACCAAUUUCAACACCAGAUGUUUGAGGAUGCCAAGGUUGAGAUGUGAAAGGAGUUGAUGCAGCACAUUCUGAAGGGAACAAGAAAUAAAUCUUGACAUAGCAUAUUCUUUAAAGGGACACUCCACUGCACAAAUACAAAAUAAAUAAAUCCCUGUUUAGAAGAUAUACCUCAAAGGAAAACCUGAAUGUGUUUAAUUAUGCGUUUUUUGUUUUUUUCCAUUGGAGUUAUAUCUAUAAACAGCUUACAAAAACGUCAGAUCUCUAGUCUGCUGCCUUUGCCAGGUCGUCUCCUUUUAACCACGCCCAGAUUUUCUGUGGCUGUCCAAUCACAGACUGCCCAGUGUAGCUCAAUAAGAAGUCUUUGCAAGGCAGGUGCUCUGGGCAAUUGCUGCCUCUUGUGUUUAGUGCAAAUAAGCUAACCAAACCAGGAUGUGACAGGACCAGCUGUCUGCUUGAAAAGCCGGGGGGCUUUUUUAAGAAUGUGGUCCAAUAAAUAGACAAUGCAGAUUUUGACAAUUGUAGUUGGCUGUGGUUCGGAGUUCUCCAUUACAUGGGAAUCUGUAGGCCUAUUUAAAUUUCUGUAGUCAGUAAGAUUUAACUAAAAGGAACACUCUGGGCUAUUAUCGAAUUCAAUACAGAGGAUCAGAGAGAUCUUACACUGGAAAACAGUCUUUGGGGUCAAACUGUUCGAGAAUGGUUUAACCCCUGAAGGUGAUCCAGCGCCAAAGGCCUCAUGGCACCAUAACUUAAUUCAAUGUUGUUAUGGUGCCCAAACUGGUCCUUGAAUCAAGAUUUUUAAAUGUAAAGAGACUUUCUUGCUGGUUGUUACCUUUAAUAUUUGCAAUGAGGUGAGGAUUUCUUAUUUAGAAUAAUAACUUUCCAGGAUAGUUUUACAGUGCUAUCAGGACUAAUUGUGUUAUAUAUCAUUAGAAAAUUCAUAGAUAAUGAUGAAAUUAUUCCAAGGUGAACUAAUAGGCUUAUCACUCCUGUUUGGAGAACAACUUGAAUUAAAGGUGUAAAUUAUGUGUGCAUAGAUUUGCAGAAUAACAAUGGGAUUAAGGUAUUUGUAGGUUUAUUUUAUAUGUUCUCUCUGCAGACACAAGUUCAAUUAACUUGGAUAGAUGGAAUUCAUUUACCAAGAAUGUAAAUAUUGUAUGCAUAUACAGCCUCAUGCUGCAUAUCUAAUCUAUAUUUCAUACUGAACAACCUUUGGACUAUAGUGCAUCUUAAAAAGAAAACAAUCUAUAUAUAGAUCUUUCCUACCAAAGCAUUUUAUUCAAAGAAAUCAGAUUCAAAUCAAAACAGAUUUUUAUUAAAAUUUAAAUCCGCAAUGUUUUUUUAAAUUUUAUCCAUCAUGCUUGCUGAUAACGCCUUGUUUAGAACUUGAGUAAUACCAAGCCCCAUGUUCAUGUUCAAAAUGUUUUUUACUCUAAAGCAGAAAUAAACUGUGCUGAAAAGACUGAACACUCUGUUAGAAAUAUAUUUAAAUAUAUAUAUAUAUGUAAUUUCCGUGUUCUUUUAAACUUUUUAUUCUGCACCACGCCGUUCUCGACAGCCACUUUUUCCCCUGUGAGAGCUUAAUUCUGAUUAUCUAUAGUCUAAUCCAAAGCUUCUCUUAGGAAAGCCCUGGGGAACUACACACAUGUUGAUGUUUCUCACAGAGAAGUAUGAUUUCACUAUGGGAAUAAUUAGCAUAGUUCAGUAUUUUCACACCCAGCAUUAUGAUGUUGAAGUUGAAUAACUUCAGUUUUUGAAGGUCUUAAUGUGGAAGUGCCUCUAAGUACUGUCUUUAAGAUAGUCACUAGAGGUGUGUUCUCAAACAAAUGUAAACAUUGAUGAUUCUCAGAAACCUCAAUAUUUCUAUUUGUCAUACUGCAGGGUCUAGGUCUUUGUACCAAAACCACUACAUUAAAUACAUUGAAAGACCUUUAACCUGUUUGAGUUUAACUUUAGGGGAUAGUGUAUUGGAGAUCAUUCCAUGUGUCGGGCAGAUUCUGUGACAAUUUGUUUUUGUUCUUUAGGGCAUGUCAUAAAUCUGGUGACACAGACAAUGGUUUAGGAUAUGGGAUGCUACUCGAAUCUUUGUGAUGUAUAACAUGCUAUUUUAAUUUCAUUUGUGGCUUUUCUACUUAAAUCAUAGUAACUUACAAAAGUAAAAAUAAUAUAUAUAUAUAUAUAUAUAUAUACCCAGAGAACCUUCUUAUACAGCCCUCACAGAUUUUAUCAAAACCUCUUCAAAUACUUGCAGACAACCUCACUUUAAUUUAAAAAUUUCUAGCUUGUAUACUAAAUCGUUUCACAUCAUCUACCAAUAAGAAAAAGGAAGAAAUAGGCAUAUUGUGUAGAAUUGAAUUGUCCAUUCAGAAUCCCCCUCUUCCAACUUCAACACAUAUUAGAUAAAUUAGAUAAUUUGGGAACAUUUUAGUAUUUGGACAUUUUCCAGUUUUGUUCCAGUGGGAGUACUGUCAAAUCCCAGUUGAGUAUUUUAGGGACUGUGAAUAGUACCACUGAUCUAUAAAGCAGUAAGAAUUGUUGCCCUGUGUAUUGCAGAUAUGUACAUAUCUGUUUAUCAUCAUAUCAUCCCCAAACUAUAUUUUGUGAGAGCGUGUUAUUGACUUUGGAGGGUAGUCAUACAAUCUACAAAUUUUAAUGCUUUCCAUUAUACAUGUACAUUUCAACACAAUAUUUACUUAAAGGACAACUGUUGCCUCAAAUUUAUUUUUUAUAUAUCAUAAUCCUUUCAUCAAGUUUUGAAAUAAAAUAGAUUUUUUUUAAAUUAAGUAUAUGCAAUAAAAUGAAAAACUUAUUCUUACCUUUAUUAUAUGGAUUCUUCAGCCAUGUAUAUACACAUUGGGUCAGGCAGUUUUUAAAAACAGACAGUCUCUAUGGUUUUUCCUGCUUCACUCCCUGCACACAAACAGCGAAAACCAAAGAGACUGUUGGUUUUCAAACACCGUCUGACUCAGGAUAUGAAGAAUCCUGUUAUAUACUCAAGGUUGGGAUUAGGUUUUCUCAUUUCCUUUACAUAUACUUGAUUUAAAAAAAAUAUAUUUCCUUUUCAAAUUUGAAGAGAAGAUUAUUAUAUUGUUUUCAUGGGGGCUUUAUGUUUGUUUUAUGAGGUGACAGUUGUCCUUUUAAAUUGGAAAAAUUAGAUUUCCCUCAUCUUUCAUUUUGAUGUACAUGUUUUUAAUCUUCUAAUGGAUAUAACAAAUUUGUAGAGAGCAGUAAUUUAUCUUUUCUGAUUGACCUUAAGAUGUACUGUUUAGGAUAGCUUUGUAAAAUAAUGAAUAUAAUGACCCUUUAGAACACUCACAAAUGUGCCACUUGUAAUAUUUUCAUACCAUGUCAUGUGUGCCCUGCUAAGAAAAAAAAAAUGGCUGCACCCAAAAAUUGUCUUUGAACAAUUUAUUAAUCCAUGUGAGAUUGAAACAGCAUCAAUAAAUAGUAUAGUUCUAGUAAACUGCACUUUUUAAGGUAACAUCCAACUUCACUUUCGUAUAAAGAUUUUACUUUUUACUUUUUGUUUUCUGUUAGAUUUAUUAAAACUCAGCUAUGUUAGUAUUAUAUUAACAUAUUUCCUUUUACUUUUCAUUUGCAGUGAUGUGAUUGCAUGAUCUCAUCUUGGUUUUGCAGUCUGGGGCUGCUCGUUGCAUGAUAAUUUUUUAUUGUUCGGACCUCCUAACCUACAGACUAACCAACUUUAGGUGCUGCAAGCUAACACACAUUGCCUAUGAGAACAAAGCUUGAAUAUAUUAUCCGUUUUUUGGUUUGGUUUUUUUUUUUGUCCCUCUUAGUUUCUCAGUUCUAGUAGCCUGCUGAUCAGGUAUGGUGCACAUUUUAACCAUGUCUUUUAAAAAUUAUUUAGCAUUUAAAGUAUUUUGCUUUAUACAUUUAAGUGGGAAUGUGAGUGAUCAUAUAAUUCUUACACUAAAUAUGUGGCUUCAAAAUACAUAUUUAAAUACAUUAAAAAUAAGGAAUCAAAGAAUGUGGGCAAAUCCUGGUAUGUAUGAUUUGAAUGAUGCCCGACUAAGUAAGACUGAUGUAUUGAGCUGCAGUCUUCACAAGUUUCAACCUUGCAUUUAAAGGAACCACUACUCAUGCCUAAAUGACAGCCUUGGUUUUAUGAAGGAGUGUGUAUAUAAAUCCAAAAUUGUUUAUUUUACACUUUAUCUUGUAUAAUUCUUUAUAAUUUGCAACAUGUACAUUUUGGUGUUUAACAAAGAACAAUCUUUUUAUGUUUACAUUUCAUGUUUUCUUUUCUUAUAAGAUUUUAUGCUAAAUUAUAUCCUGCUGCUUAUUGUAUUAUAUUAUGUUAUAGAUUCUUUGUUUCUAAAAUACUUUGUAAUUAAUUUCCAUAUACUGGCUGCCUUAGUAUUUUAUUUAAAUGAACCAUACUCUUGCAUCAAUGUAUAUCUACUCACAUCUAUUUAUAAAAAAAAAAUGUAUUUGUGUGUAGACAUAGAAAAUUGCUGCCUGUUUUACUUUAUAAAAUGAAUUAAAAUUACAUUUUUUUUCUUCAGUAUUACAUAUGGACGAACAAAACAUAAGCAUCACAUUUUUUAAAACUUAAAAAUAGCUUUAAUGUACUUUUCAUUUUAUUUGGUCAAUUUUAAUUUUGCUGUUCUCUAAAUAAAAUUUCAUAUUUCUGCGAAUUUGGAAAGCUGGAGACUGGUUGUACAUUUUAAUGUUUUCUUUUCUUCUUAUUAUUUAGGAGACCUAAAUAAUGUAACUUAUGGCUCUGUUGAGUUAAAAAGAUUGGACUAUUUAAUUUUUUUUUUCUUUAAAGGUAUCCAGUACAAAUCGUUGCCUUCCACUGGAGGGCACCAUUUCCUUUUGUCAUAACAUUUUAGCCAUUUCCCCACAAGUGCAAAAAAAAAAAAUUUUAAAAAUGUUUUGGGCAUGCUUCCAGUCCAAAGAUAUCCAAAGCUGUUAUAUAGCAUCAUAAUCAACGUUUUUUAGCAUUUUUCUAAAAUAUUAUAAUUAGCCAACACCAUUUAAUUUCUCAGUAGCAUUAAUUAAAUGUGACUGUGCAAUCUGUGCUGUUUUGAAAACUGGGAUUUUGUAAUGAAAAACGCAAGUGUAGUCUAAAAGUGGAUCAAUCGCUUUCGAGUCCAGUGCAAGGCCUUGCUGUAAGUCACCGAGGUGGAUCCAUAUGAAGAGAUAUAAAAUGUGAACAACUGCUACGUUCCCCAGAAUAUUUAAACUAAGGCUGUCAGAUAGAAGCCACUAGUUACUGGUUUGUUAUAAUGCAACCGGAAAUGUUAUGUAUGUGUGGGGCUGCUUAUGGAGUUCUGUGCAUGUAUGUGGAUUGUCAGUGGUGCUGUGUUUGUAGGUACUGUGUGUGUGGGCUGGUUGUAUGAGGGAAGGCUUUUUCUGCAGCUCUGUGUAUAUCUAGCAGUGUGGGUGGCUUCCCAGGGGUCCACUUGUGACCAGGCUGGGCAGGGACAGGUCAAGGACAGGAGCUGCUGCAGGCUGCUCUACUCCAGUGAGGUUUCCCGUUCACAAGUGCUGGGAGGAAGUGAUCUGAAAUCACUUUCUCGAAGUGCUGCAAUGCAUAAAUUGAGGAUUGUCCCUCACCACCUGCAGUCAUUGCUCUGGUUGCACUAGCAGAUAUUUGAAGUACCACUGGGACUCCUGAUUGCCGUGCAAAGGCACCUUAAGUACCAUAGGUUGCUGACCCCUGUAUCAUGGCAUCAACCGUCCAUUUCGAGAUGCUAAACAUAGAAGAAGAAGAAAAAUAAAACUGUACAACCUUUUCUCUAAGCUACAUACGUUUCUCAAUUUUUUUUCCUUAUGGGUAACAUGCUGUCCAGAUUUUAAGAAUAUCCAUCUGCAUCUGCAUGCAAGUCUGCUAAAUUAGUUUAUCUGUGCAGAGGUGUGAAUAUUGGAAUUCUUAGGUUUUGUGUCUGGUCCUUGAGAAAUUGAAAAUCAUUUUUUUUGGAACAGGGUCUCCAAAACAGACAUUAAAAAAAAAAAAAAGGUUUCUGUAAUAAAAGCUUUCUCAUUGACUAUUUUGUUAUCAGUGGAUUGUGACUGUUCCAUUUUACAUCAAUGAAUGAAAAAUCUGCAAAAUAAUCACUAUGUCAAUGCAGUUAGCCAUGCAUGUAGCCGGUCACUAUGGAAGCUCUGGCUUUAAGACACAAACAAAUGUAUAUAGGAUGAAAGGGUUAUUUUGAACAUGCAAUGUACUUUUUACCAUUCAGACAUCAAUGCUUCCAGUGCUACCAGAAGUGUACUUUUGUUAAGGAAUAUGUAAAUAAAGAAUUAUUUAAAAAAAAAA